CAGUGAAUAACCCGGUUAGUGUGCACAAUGGCCGGUGUGAUUGUAAUGGUGAGGCCUUCUGCAGCCUCCCUCGGAGUAGUGUACCGUCACCAUGGUUACCCGCAGCCGAGAGGGGAGGAGGAGAGUGACAGUUCCACUCCAUCCCGCGCUACACGUGAAGGGGGCGGAGCCUCCCCUGACAGCCGGCCGUGCGCGGUGACGUCAGAGCCCCGCCCUCCCCACGGCCCUCACGCACGGGGUUGGAGAGAGAAGCGAGGAGAAUGGUGCGCGCUCGCGCGAGGGGGCCAGCAGAAAAUGGCGAGUUUGUGUAAGAGCCAGCAAUGCUCCAUCGAGAGGCGCGGCUUUCGGCAGGAACUGGACUCGUGGCGCUACAAACUCAUUCACUGUGUAGGUAAGCUUCUGUCUCUCUCUCUGCUCCCUCUGACUGACCGAGCCGGCUCUCCCCGGGCUUUCUGUGGUAACUUUGCGGCCCCUGUGGGGGGGGGGUCUCUCUCCCGCGCUGUCGGGCAGUGAGGUGGCGGUUCGACCAGAAAUAGUGUUGGAGUGGGUGGGGUGGGCGCGCGAGGCGGCCGUUGGGAGAGAAACUGAGCGCGCGCCGACUCCAACGGCCGCUGUGAGGAGAGGGCGCGCGCCGACUCCAACGGCCGCUGUGAGGAGAGGGCGCGCGCAGAGUCCAACGGCCGCUGUGAGGAGAGGGCGCGCGCAGAGUCCAACGGCCCCUAUGGGGAGAGGGUGCGCGCCCGGCCGGCUAGCUAGAAGGAGCUCGCGGGAACUCUCCCUCCUCAAUUCCUCGAAGAACAUGGAGCUCUAUGGGCGCUCGAGGUAACCCCCACCUGCUCCCCCCGGCGUCCUGACUGACCGUGUGACAGGAACAAUAAUCGGGGCUGGCUCAAUAACACUAAUCACAAUCUAAUCCCCAAACAUUCCGGCUCUCUGCACCCCCACCCUCCCCCUUGUUUCCGUUUUUAUGAACUCGGGCCGCGCGCAGCGUUGCUUGGAACUCCGCCCUUUGGGCCAAUCACAGCAAAGGCCCCGCCCACAGCUGUUGCUGGGCGUGUCUCUGGGAGGAGGGGGUGUGGGGUUGCCUAGCGAGGUCGGAGUGAGAGAGUAACUCCCGCUGAUGUCGCGCGCUGACACGCCCCCUCCAGCACGCCCUACGUGCACGCGCACUGACACGCCCCCUGCCUUUCCCCGGCACGCGCUCUCUUACUGCCUCCCCCGGGGCGCGCGGUGCUGCUCGGCUUUUUAAUUACACCCCCCCCCCCCCCCCCCCGUCAGGCUGUUACCCCCCCCCCCCCCCCCCCAGGUGUGCGGUAUCUGGGGAUGUGCCCUGCCGGUCCCCCCCGUGUGAUGUUGCUGGGGCCGGUGAUAAUUUGGGGUGUCUCUGGGUAGAUCGCAGGAGAUGGGGGGUUACCCGGGCAGGUCCCCGCAUUGAUGGCGGCAGGGUAUUGUUAUCGGGUUUCUAGGUAAUUCCUAAUCGGGAUCUUUAUUCUCUCCCUCUGCUUUUUGGCUGGCUGUCAUUUGCUGACAUGCUGAUUGGGGGUGUGCUGUGUGUUUUAGAUGUUUGUUUAAUUAAAGAAACUCGAUGCUGUGCGCUCCUUUUCACUUAGCCCUCCCUCCUUUUCUGCAAACACUUUUUUUGUGUUCCUUGAAUGGAGGGCAGGGAGGGGAUGAGGGGGGUGUGAGGCCUAGCUCAGCUCGCCUAGCUCUGCAGCUCUUCCUGGUAGGACUCACCCCGUGAUUACCGAACUCUUAUCCGAGGAUCAACAGCAGGAAGGCAUGAGAUCCCCCCCGGGUCACCGCACAUUGCGGGGGAAGGGUUUGGGCCGACCGAAAGCUCCACUCUUACAGUAUGUGUCUAUUAAUGUGCUUCCCUCCCCAGCCCGCUCCUACAGCGUUAUGUUCGGCAAGUUUAAAAGCCAGAAACUAGAUUUUUAAAUCCUAAAAACAAACCCCCCAAAAAUUUAAAGUUGCUAAUGUGUGUUUUUUUUUUUUUUUUUAUGGCAUAUUUAUACUGCAGCCCCUCCUUGCUAAUUUGUUUUCGUGGUACUGGCAUGGUGCAAUGGCUUUUUCUUUUUGUGGAAAUAUUUAUUCCUUCCUUGAUAUUUUGACAUCUUGCAAUAACGAAUUAUAAACAUAACUAAUGGUUGUAAUUAGCUAAUUUUGACUCUUACCCAGUUCUUGGUUAAAUCCUGCUCGUGACAUUUUGACAGAAACCCAUUAUGUAAAUUGUGCUUUUGUUUUUCAUUCUUCAGUCAUUUUAAUAUGUUAUAAGAUGUCUUUGUCCCUCCCUCAAACAGCAUCAACUGUAAUGUGAGUGGGUUAAAACGAAAUAUAUUUUACUGUUUUAUCUGACACUUAAAUGUCAAUGUUUUAUUAAAUAUACGAUAUGAGUGUCUUUAAAAAAAAAAAAAAUAUAUAUUUUUACAUGUUUUUGGGCAGUGCUUAAUUUGUUAGUGGUCAACCAUGUUCAUGUACAGCAUGGGAAUAUUUAAUGAUAUAAUAACAUUGCUGGAUCCUAUAAAGCAUUUUGACUUUGAAAGUCACACGCACAUGCUUCUAUUGUUGCUUAUUAAAUUUUGUCAAACUAGAGCAGCAAUUAUAUUCUCUUCAGGAAUUAUUUUACUGCAUUGAAAAACUUGUGUUUUGACAUACCAAAAAGUACAGUUCCAGGUCUGGUUUCUGCUCAAGGAAGCCAAUACUAGUUUCUCCUUCUUUUGCUUGUUUUUAUGUAAAGCCAAAGUUGAUUUUGUAUUAUUUGCAGAUAAGAGGGAUUUGUUUCUUUUUUUAAAUAUAGCAUUCACACGUAAAUUACAAUGUGAUUUUAAGUUUACAUGCUAUAAAAGGCUGUUAAAAUGAAAUGAAGCUAUGCUAUUUUGUUUAAGGUCUUUUUACCCGUUGUGAUUGCUAAGUUAUUGUUUGUGACAAAAAUAUUUCUUACUUUUUUUGUUUUCAUGUAUCAGGUGUUGUCUUAAUGAUUUUGGUAUUUGUCGUUUUGUUUUUAUCAAAAGGUUCAAAGUUUAAAAUCACAAACCUUUUUUUUUUAUCUUUACAACGUGACACAAAACUCUGAAUUGAUUGGUUUUAUGAUGCAAUUUAAGCAUAUUCCUUGAGUUAUGAACUUGGGCUUAAUAGCACCAAUUUGUUCUCUGCAGAAAACACAUGCAUGUUUUGUCACAGAAAGCUGCUCCCUCCUUCCCUUUUUUUUUUUUUUUUUUGAAACUGGGAGGGGAGCAAACCAAGAUGCAAUUUGUCACCUUUGAGUGCCACAUAAUUGCUCUGUGCUGGGCAAUAAGUGUCAGCUUUUUUUUUGGAGCCCUGCAUACAUAUUUUGAAUCCUUUUUUUAUUAUACAUUUUAUCUAAUGAAGGGAUUGCAAAGCAUGCUUAUCAGACCCCUGGAAAUCAGUAUUGAUGAAAUGAAGGUUAUACUUAUCACUGACAUUUAUUUUGAGAUGUAAAUGUAAUUUUGUUGCAACAUUUAUUUUUUUCCCAUAAGUUACUUUCAUUAGUUUUAUUAAAGCGGUUAACGUGACUUUUAUAAUUGUAAAUAUGUGCUCUGGAUAUACAGAUGCAUAUGUUUGCAUUCGCUAUAUAAGUCCAAACUAUAAUUUUGUAUUGGAAUCAUAUUCGGUGAGGAAUAUUACACCGAUCAGUGUUUUUCAAUGUUUUUUUUUUUUUACAGAUCAUUUAAGUAUUGUUAGCAAUAGCUUUCAGCAGCACAGUGUACACAUCAUGGAUUUUAAUGCUCUGCCCCUCCCCCCAACAAAGCAAAUCCUAUGGACUUGGCCAUUUUAAGACCUCUUCACAUUACAAAUUGUGAACUUGUUUGUACAGUUUUCCCUAAUUCGAAUGUGCUGUUACUCUGUGAAAAAAAUAUUAUUCCUGAGUUGGUUAUGUUUGCAUUUAGUGCAGAGCGAACUCAGGGUUCAGUAUAAUUAAAUCUUUGUAGUCUUUUUCACAGAUUUGUAAUCUUAAAUAUUUUAAGAUUCUAUCAGAAUCGUGUGCCAGUUACAGCAGUGUUGUCACUUGUUUUCUAAUUAUUUAAAAUCCUCUUCCUCCUCCUUAUUUGGGGAAAAUUAAAAAAAAAAAAAAUAGGGAUUCUAGCUAACACUAAAUGUACCUCUACUGGUCAAAUGAGUUCAUAUGUCUGUUUACAUCAAUGUUUGUGGGCAGUAGGUCCCUGAUAGACUUUCGAGGUGAUGGUGUGUUUUUUUUUUUGUUUUUUUUUAAAGUCUUGAAUGCAUGUGUUGUGGUGUUUUGUCAGAUUCAAACACCUGUCUGUUUUGUGGAUAUGUUACAAUGUAUCUUUCAGGAACUUGGUAUGUUAAGAUUGCUAAAAAUCUGUUAACUUUGUAUCUUUAUUUGCAAUUUCAGGGUUUGUUUAAAUUUUCUCAGUUAUUACAUUCUUGACAAUAUAUCAAAUUUUUCAGCUUUGACGUUUUGGUUUGUUUUUGUUAAUUUGGCAUAGCGGUUAAUUCACAUACUUGUACAUACGAGGGCGGACACAAGCAAGCACAUUUUGACAGAUAUCAAGAUGAACUAAAUUGUGUUGAUGGUAGAGUAACCAUAUUAGGAUGCAGCAAAACAAUAGAAUGCUAAAAUGUUCACUUGUAACUUUAGGGGAGUUAUGUUGGUGGUUUUAGUCCUUAAGUGGUACUGAAUGAAAGUCAUGAAUUAUAUAUUUUUACCUUUUUGAGUUUUGUGCAGCUGUUAAAAGCUGUGCAAUACAUUUUAAAUUGACAAGCUUUAAAGGAUCACUAUAGGGCCAGGAACACAAACAUGUAUUCCUAACCCUAUAGUGUUAACACCACCAUCUAGCCCCUCAUGUCUCCAUAAAUAUAGCAAAAUUUUACUGUAUUCAAGACUAAAGCUGUAACUCUCCAUGCUGUUAGACUCAGAAAAACAAGCUGUCUGCUGACAUCAUCAGAAGUGGUAGCCUGAUCCAAUAACAGUGCUUUUCCAUAGGAUUGGCUGAGACUGACAAAGAGGCAGAUCAGGGGCAGAGCCAGCAUGAUUCAAACACAGCCCUGGCCAAUCAGCAUCUCCUCAUAGAGAUGAAUUGAAUCAAUUAAUCUCUAUGAGGAAAGUUCAGUGUCUGCUGCAGAGGGAGGAGAUACUGAAUGGAUGCAUUUUAGGCAGUCAUGACACAAGAAGGAUUUCUAACAGCCAUCUGAGGAGUGGCCAGUGAAGUUAUCACUAGGCUGUAAUGUAAACUCUGCAUUUUCUCAGAAAAUUCAAUAAGCUGUAGUUGUUCUGGUGACUAUAGUGUCCCUUUAAGCAUGUUUUAUCACAUUUCAGCAGGUGAGUGCUUUCUGAGUUGGUUCUCUAAUGUAAUUUAGAAUGUAGGUAAAACAUGUCUUCUGCCAAACAAAUUUGUAUCAUAUUGCAUUGCAUUGCAUUGCAUUGCAUUUCCCAAUUUUAAUAAUCGUUACUCAAUUACUAUUAAGCAGCUAGCAUGAAGUAUAAGAAUGCCCUUUACAGGCCUGCACAGUGAUGGUCAUGAACCAAGAAUAACAUUCCUACUACCCUCAUGCACUAUCGUGAAAGUGGCACACCUGGUUUAUUUUGGAGGAAACAAAAAAGUACAAAAAAUAAAAAGCAACCAUGUCAAUUUUAAACCAGAUAGUGCCUAUUUUGUCAUAACAUUCUAAGCACUAAAAUAUCAGAAAUCAUCUCCAUCUUGGUCCAAAUUUGUAUUAUAUUGAUUUUACAAAGGCAGAAGUGAACCUUUUGCAUUAGUAAUGGGGAUCUUGUGGCUGUGCUUCAGUUGCUGAAAUGGUUAGUUCAAGGUCUUGGGGUCAGUCUCAGUACCUUCAUAGUACCAUCACCACAACAGAAGCAUGUAGUGGUAAUGAAGCUUAAACUAAACCUUAGACUUUUAACAACUCACAAAGGACAGAUUCCUUUAAUUUCACUAAGAUGUAUUUGAAGCACCUCUUUCACCUUCGGGGGUGUUUUGCAAAAGCCCCGACAGUGAGCUUUGAGGCCUGGUGGUACAUUAGAAGGUAGAUAUACUUACCUGGAGGUGGAAACCACCAUCUUGUGUUUUCACCUCCUUGUGCUGAUGUCAGUGCUGUACUCUUACACAUGUGCAAGAGUACAAUAUUGAUGUCUAUGGAUGAUUCCUUUGGCAGCCUUUAUAGACAGUUACUCACUUAAUUGUGAAUUCAAGGUGAAUUUCCAAUUUAAGGUCACAAUAACCUAACUGGAGCUUGCUUUUUGUGACUGUCCGCUAUACUUUAGCUUCUCUGACCUUAAAGGACCACUAUAAGCACCCAGACCACUUCAGCUCAAUGAAGUGAUCUGGGUGCCAGGUUUCCCCCUAGUUUUAACCCUGCAACUCAGAGAAACUGCUAUGUUUACACUGCAGGGUUAAUCCAGCCUCUAGUGGCUGUCUCCCUGACAGCCACUAGAGGCCGCUUCCGCGAUUUACACGGAGUGAAUCACACUUACUUGAUGCUGGACGUCCUCACGGAGUCCAGUGUCAAAAGAAAUCCCCAUAGUAAAGCAUUGAGUAAUGCUUUCCUAUGGGCGGGUUUGAAUGUGCGCUCGCCUUUGGCCGCACAUGUGCAUUCGGCUCCACUCCGAAGCUGAUGUUGAUGGAGGAGGAGAGGUCACCAGCGCCGAGGAAGCCUGGCACUGGAUUAAGGUAAGCAAAUAAAUGGUUAACCAUAUUUGUAUUCCUAACGCUAUAGUGUUCCUUUAAAGUGUUCGUCCAACCACCAUGACCACUUUUGCUAUUCGAAGUGGUUAUAGUCUUAGGAACCUGUGUGUGCAGCAUUUCUGCUUGAAGUGCUGCACAAGCUGUGAUAUUUGCAUGUGUGUGUCAAGCAUGCACACUUUUGGCAGUCUGGAACUCUUCCAGACUGCCACAUGUAAUUUAAAAUAAGAAUUUCUUUCCUCUAUUGCUCAGUGCGCGCAUGGGCUUUGAGCUGGUUAAGCUCUCUUUCUCUCUUUGAGAAACCUUUGAUUGGCCAUGAUAUCAAACAGGGAGUGGAAGGCUGUACACCGAACUUUGCCUGGCACUGGGUUUUAGGUAAGUUUUAACUUAUUUUUUUGCCCUUGUUUUAGUGUUUAGGGAAGGCUUAAAAAAUAAAAGGGCCACCAAAUAAGCUUCGUGUAAUUCUUUAAAUUUCAAAAUUGACUCUGAUUCUCAGUUUAGUAACCCUGUAAGUUUUACAAUACACAAAAGCAAGCCUAAUUCCCACAACUGUAGGAGCUGACAAAACGUAGAUGCAGAAUAUCUGCCUCUUGUCAAGUUUUGUCAACUUUGUUCUUUUACCGCUUAUGUUGGUACUACAAAGAAGUCUUCAGGAUAUAACCAUUUUCUAUGAUUCUUUGCAAUUUGCUAAUUUCAUCAUAGAAAUCCCUGGCAGAGCAGUGAUUUCUGGAAAUUGUAAUUCAAAUGUCAGCUGGUAACUUCAGAAACUGUGAUGUGAAAUACAGCUCACAGAAACCUUUUUAAGGGUAUACACAAAAGACUUAAUAAAAAAACAGAAAGGGAACUGUUACAUUAACCAGCAACUGUGACCAGCAUGAAGAAAGACUUUUAUAAUGGAGGUGACAAAGUAGAUACAGAAUUAAAAAAAAAUGUUUUUAGUUUUGUUUUUCUUCAGAAAUUAUACAAAAUUGAAAGUGAAAAAUGUCAUUUAUGAAAGUGUAUUGCCAAGGAUUGAGAUUUGUAUUUUUUUUUUUUUUUUUUUUAUAAUUUGUCCAAACACUUGUACGAUGCAUGAUGUUUGGUUCCCAGUGUGUACCUUUUGAGGGAAUGGCACAUCUUAAGGUGUUUGAACUCUGUAUAUGAUGUUCAUUAUCCAUAGAAUUUGAUAUCUAAACAGCUCUGUGUUUUGGAAGGAGGUAAACAUAUUGCUGAGAGAUCCUAAUGUAAAUGCUAUGAAUUUUAAAGGAACACAACAAGUAACAUAAAGAUACAUGUGCUGUAGUGGUUAUGGUGUCAGGAGUGGGUUUUAUGUUUUGACCUCUUACCCAUGGACCUCAAGGUGCUUCUUCUUUUCUCCUCUACUUCCGACAGAGCAUUGCAUUGCAAGGUCUUAUUUUGCUUCUGUCUUAGUGCACCCAUGCAUAUACCUAAUCUAUUCAUUUUUUUUUUUUUUUUUGUGCAGUGAUGCAUUCACAGAAAAGUUCAGACUUUAGCAGUGUAUUAGAUGAUAGCAUGUAGGCUAUGGUAUGAAGGAGAACAUCCCAGAUGAGAAAUAGAUAUAUCUGACUAAAUAUUAUGCAUAGAGUAAGAUACACAUUUUAAAAAUAAUAUAAAAGACAAUGAACUAAACAAUCUCAAACAGACAAAUAUACAGCCACUGGAUCAGCCAUAAAAUCAACAGAAUGGGUCAGCCUAUUGGGUAAAUAAGACCGAAGAUCUAAGAUCUGAAGCCUCAGUAGGUAACUGGCAUCUUUCCAAGGGGAGUGUCAGACAAUUUUGGAUAGUUUCGAUUUGGCUGCAUUUUCGAGGUAGCACCUGACGCCACUGCUACGGCAUAUCUGAUACCUUCCAGCUGACUUGUGGCCUAGGUAUGUCAUGUGGAGCAUGAAAUUUACUUGGCACCAGAGUUCGAUUUGCCUGGUUGCAUUUGCUCCAGCAUCAGCUACUUCCGAACCCGCUGAUCCAGUUUCUCCCCCCGAAGCUUGUGCAUAAGGCAAGAUCAAAGAAGUAGAAAAUCUUGAUUGGGCAAGCAGUUUUAAGUGUAUCUGUUUUGGUUUACAAGCCACAAAAACAGGAGCAGGGCUAUGUGUCCUUCUAGCAGGGCUGGACUGGGGAUACGAAGCAGCCCUGAAAAAAAAUAUAUGCCAGUCCAAUAAGUCAUUGUGCCAUGUAGGGUUAUAUAUAUAUAUUAAUAUACACAAUUGAAAUAGUUAGCUGCACUCUCGGAUUUCUUUAAAACGUAAUUUUUGUUGAAAUAUUUAAUAGAAGAUCGUUUCAGUCCCUCUUGUGGACUUUCAUCAGGAUCAUGAAACGUUGAUCUUCUCUUAAAUAUUUCAAUAAAAGUUAAGUUUUUAAGAUAAUAUGAGAGUGCAGCCAACUAUUUCAAUUGCCUGGAUACUGGAGCCCUGGUGAUGCACCCGGUCAUACAACUUUGAAGCCUGAGUGCAAGGCAAGGUACAACAGCUUUUUAUAUAUAUAUAUAUAUAUAUAUAUAUAUAUAUAUAUAUUUAUUUUAUUGAUUUCUUCUAAUUCUAAAUAUUAGUUCUUUCAGGCUAAUUAAAUUAUACAGUAAAGCAUACUCACACACAGACAAUCUUGCUGAUGCACACAAAUAGGCUCAUUGACAGACAAUCUCAAUGACGCACACAGACAAGGUUACUGGCACACACACAAAUUUAGUACAGACACACUAUAAUACACACACAAGCUUACUACAGACAAGCUCACUGCCAUGCGCACACACGCUCACUACAGACAAGCCCAUUGACACACACAUGCUCCCUACAGAAGAGCUCACCAACACACAGAUUCACUACAGACAAGCUCACUGACACACAUAUGGUCACUACAGACAAGCUCACGAUCACACACAUGCUUACUACAGGCAAGCUCACUGUACACACAUGCUCACCACAGACAGGCUCCGACACACCCAUGCUCCUUACAGACAAGCUCACUAACACGCACACACACAUAUGGUCCCUACAGACAAGCUCACUGACACACAUACAAGCUCACUCACUAGCAGGCACGCGCACACACACACACUCACUCACUAGCAGAUGCGUGCACACACACACAGACAUCCACACACACAGAGGCAGACAGUCACUGACACUGAGGCAAACAUCCACACAUACAGAGACAGACAUCCACACACACUCAGACAGACACGUGCACACAGGCAGUCACACACACACACUGACCUGCUUCUUACCUCCACAUCCCUUGGAGCUCCUGGAGGCUGGUUGUUGGGGGAGCAGGGACUCCUUCCUGCUUCCUAUGCAGCAGUUACCAGGGACUCCGCCGCACGAUAAGCUCCGCCCUGCUGCACGCAAGCUCCGCCGCACGCUAGCUCCGUCCCCACCACAAUAUUAUUAUUAUUAUUAUAAUUUUUUUUUAAUGAUCCCGGCCGGCCAUGUGUGAGCUGUGCCGGCCGCCUGGCUCUCCCUGCUCCCAUGGGGUCCUGUGCAGCCGCACAGCUCACACAUAGCCGGCCGGGAUUACAGGAGCCUGAUCACUGAUUAAGGCUGUGAGCCCAGCCCCAGGUGCCGCGGCCCACCGGGAAAUUUCCCGGUAUCCCGGUGGGCCAGUCCGGCCCUGCCUUCUAGCCUGGCUCUCAGGCUCUCCCCCCCCCCCCACUUUAAUUUUAAAUACCUUUUUAUUAUAUUGCUUCUUUUGAUACCCUACACGCAAUGCAACAUUAAAGGGACACCGUAGGCACUGUAUCUGCUUCAUCUCAUUAAACUGGCUAUAGUGUCUGCAGUCCCCUGGUACCAUCAUUUCUUUCAGCAUUAAACAGUUUUUAAUGUUGUAAUGUUUUUUAAUGCUAAACAAGAGUCCACGGCAGUCUAUCUGUGCUGCUUUGGCUAAUAAAGAAGUAUUACCCUGAGAGGCAAUGGGCAGCUGUGAUUGGCUGAGAGUGUCAGCUGACUGCCUUUAACCUGUCAGAGCUCCAACUGACGGUAUGAAUGGGUAUGACAACAAGGAAGUCUGUAAUCUCUGCCUUGGCUACACAUACAGAAGGGACCGGACUGUGGGUGGCCAGGGACUCUUAUUUUGUGGCAUACUGCACACACAUGGUGCAACACUGAAUGGAGGGACAGUGCCAGGCCACUCCAGGCACUAUAACCAAUUCAAAGAGACAAAGUGGUUAUAGUGACUACAGUGUCCCUUUAACAUUAAAAAAUAAACACAAACCUUUCUGUUUUUUUUUUUUUUUUUUCCUUUCCCCAGACCACGUGUGUCCCACUACUGUGUAAUUUAUUUGUAUUCUACUACUGCCUCAGAGUACAACAGUACCCCACAUGUAUACCUUUUGUCAGGUGUUUGUGGGGCUUGUAUAGUCAAAUAGCACACACUUCCAAAUUUUGACAGGCCGUUUUGCUUACUUCCUAGAAGUUAUUUGAUGAAAUAACAUUAUAUGUCACCGCACUUAGUAGCGUCAAUCUUUACCGCUAUUUAUUAGACUAACUCUAUCAAAAGCCAACACCAACUCCAGUGCACUGGUAUUUCCUCAACUGAUGUCACAUCAGAAGGUUCCCCCUGCUUACACAUUAUAGAGUGUUCUGAGCACUCUCCAUUGUGUGAUUGCAUCAUGAGAGGGAUACCUUCAUCUCGUGCUGCAGAUCUGUGUGCUGUCCCUGUUGAUAACACAAUGAUCAAUGAUCUGCAGCAUGCAUUGCCCAGUACAUAGAAUCAUUAGAGAUACCUCUGUUCCCCUCUCUUAGAUGUCUGAAUCCCUCCAAAUUAAAAAAUAGUCACUGUGAUUUAAAGGGCCGCAGCAUAAACUUAACUAUGGCCUCAGUUAUACGGUGAUACAAAUAACCAUACUUCCGUCAACAGCUGGUUGAAAUAAAUUAUUUCCUCCUCUUAAAUUGAAAUUAGGAAUAUGGGAUGGCUUGCACAUAUAUAAAUUAACUUCCAUCACCCUGUUCCUUCUUUUUAAGUCUGGGAUAAUUGGUUAUCCUGAUUUUUAGGGUACUGUUCCCCGUGAGCAUUUUUUUAUUUUUUUUUAUCGUCUUUUGUUAUGACUAUUUUACUUUGUUAAAAACUCAGAGGAGUGUUGCUUUUUAUAUUACACAUUUGUAUAAGCUGGUAUAAACUGUACUUGUACCACCCUCUUGUUAAAAAUAAAGCAUAAAUAGCCCUUUAAAACUGUUCUUUUUGAGUUAAUGCUCUAAUAAAUCAUGAAGCUAACUUUGUUUUUAUACAAUUCCUAUUAUUUUGUUGGUACAUCAGUGUGGAGAAUUUUGGUGACAACUUCUUCCCUGUCUUUUGUGUUUUUUUUUUUUUUUUGUGUGUGUGUGUGCUUGUGUGUUUUGUUUUCUCUCGCGCUCUCUCUCUCUCUCCACUCUCUCUCUCUCCACUCUCUCUCUCCCAGUUUAGGAAAAUAUGGUGUAUAAACUAAAAUGUAAUGGAGUUGUGUAGAAUUGUCAGAGACCUUAUACUUUUAGGCUAGAAUAACUGAAUUGGAAAAAGCUUCAACUCGGCUAUUUUUCCAGCUCAAGUAUUUUGUCCUAAAAUAUGCAAUUCCCUUGUCGGUUCUUAGAUUUAUGAUUAACAGCGACUGUUUUCUAAAAAUCAAAAGGCUAUUUAAAGACUUGAAUUCAUGAAAACAAAAUGUUAAAUGUUUCUUCUUCCCAUCUGUAGCAUAUUUGAUGUCACAGAUCUCUGACAUCGCUGAGCACCUGUCAAGGUAAAGCCUUGCAUAGGGGACUAACUUCCAUUCCAUUCAGCUAGCCUCCCAGGCCACAAUUCCAUAUUGGCAAAAGAUGAAUAUGGGCAAGGGGAAACAAGUAAGUUUUAAAGGCUUAAUUCAACCUCCAUGACCGCAUCUGGUUUUAGAAGUGAUCAUGGAGCAAGGGGUCUUUGCUUGUCUGCCGUGAUUUACACGAAUGCUUAAUGUUAAAUCUGUGCAAAGUAAUGUCAGCUGGAAGCACACACUGCUAUGAGCAGCAUUUAUUUGCAUGACGGAGUUUGACUUGGUUUUCUAAGUAGAAAUGCCUCUAGUGGCUGUCAGAAAGACUGCAACUAGAGUUGUAUUCAACCCUCCAAUAUAAACAUUGCUGUUUCUACAAAACUGCAAUGUUAUACAUUGAAGGGUUAAAAUGACCAGACCAUGAAAGAACUUGCGCCCCUACAGACAGAGACUACUUCCGAUAUAUAUACAAAUCAGGGAUUUUGCACAACAGAAAGACAUCAGGGCAGCGGAGACUACCCCCAUGACAUUCUUUGACAGGAUGUGCUAUCGACAAUGUACCACCACAUAGGCUCGACCGGAGUGGACAAGAGAGGGCUGAGGUAUACAGACCUAUGGGAGGCUGACCUGGGAGAGGUGCUGGAAGGUGUGGAAUGGGAGGAUAUAUGGGAGGCUAGCGCACGAUCCUCUGUAUGCAUGACUGCAAGAACAAUCUUUUAAAACACUCUUCAGGUGGUAUACCACACGGGUAAAAUACCACAUGAAACUUAGCCCAACGGACAUAUGCUGGCGUCAGUGUGGAGACAGAGGAAGUUACAUCCACAUGUGGUGGCACUGUCCCAGGGGCAGGGAGUUCUGUGAAGGAGUGGUAGACUUGAUCUCCAAAAUCUUGCAGAGACUGGUUGAACUUGUGGGCGUGUCUCCUGUCCAGACCCACAGACAGCCUGACCAGGCAUGAACAAAUCUUACUUAAUAUGAUCUAUCUAGCUGCCCGCAGAGCCCUAGCAAAUAAAUGCAUGUGCACGGAGGAGCCCCCUCUCUUACUAGUCCUAUACAAAUUCAGGGACAAUUGCCUAAUUGAUACGCAGACCUCAAUGGUCCGCAACUCCUCUAAAACCUUUUACAUGGUCUGGGAUCAGUAUGACACAGACAACAUGGCGGGUGGGCGGCUUAGUGUACGGGGACAGACAUACUAAGCAGCAUAGUUUUAAUUAUUGUUUGUUAAAUGUGUGUAAAUGAACUGAAAACCAUUGACGAUGUGCACCCUUUAUACAAGGCCCUAGAUAUGGGAUAUGACACUGUGCCACGGCAACAGUUAUUCUGUGUAAACCGAUAUGUACCACUGUUUGGCUUUUGCGUAAGCUCAUGUAUACUGCGACCAUUGUCAAUGUAAAAAUAAAGAAUUAAAAAAUGACCAGAUCAUUGCACCCAAAUCACAUCAUUAGGAUGAUGUGGUCUGGGUGACUUUAGUAUCCUUUUUAACACAGAACUGUAAUAUCCUUGCAAAUGAUUUGUCAUUCGCCUACCUCCGUAAAUGCUAGGGUAAAAUAAGGAACUGUCAUUUGUGCAGUGCUGGUAAGAAUUAAACACAAUUCCUUCACCAACACUUUGUGUGUAGGGCAGUGUCAUCUCCCUGUGAUAAUCUGCACAGGAAUGCUGCGAGUGAAUGCACCCUAAUUUGCAUGGUACCAAGAGAUUGUAGAAAAGCAAAGAAAAUAUGCCCACCCUUUCUUUUUAGGUCUUUUUUAUGCUCUUCUACAGACUGUUCAUUUAUAUGUGAAAAAGGAAACCUUUUUCAGUGUGGGUGUUUGUUCGUAGACUCUUUACUGGUCUCACCAGUUCUGUAUUCAGUGUCAGCCAGGUACUGUUCUGAAAGUUAGCUUAGAACCAAUCAGAACAAAGUUAUGGUUUUCUGUUGCUAGUAGUAAUUAGCAGCAGCAGGGGUCAGAUCAAGAGCUGUGUGGGGUACGUUAAAUAUGCCCAUACAGCUUCACUGCACCAUGACAUAAAGGUUAUGGGGCCUGCAGAAGGGACUGGUAUGCACAAAUACCCAAGGGCAGUGGGUGGCACUGAAAACACGGAUUGUUCAGUGAUAAAGUAAAUGACCAUAGCUACUCUAUAGAAGUACCAGUUGUCGUAUGGCCUGCUUUAUUGCGAAUAACCACAGAUCAGCAUAUUCCAUACCCACUAUGGUUAUUUUCAGUAGGAAAGAUUUGCCAUUAACUCCUUAAGGACACAUGAUGGAAAUAAUCCGUCAUGAUUCCCUUUUAUUCCAGAAGUUGUGUCCUUAAGGGGUUAAGGAGUUCUGCAGACAUUGUAAAAACCCACAACUGUAAUACGCUUGUAUAUGACGUGAUGUUUUUAUAUUGGUUGUAGGGAGUUAAGGUUUAGCUAGUGUAUUUUUAAUAAUGUGUUGAGAUACUAUUUUGUAGGGCAGCAGUGGGAUAUGCAUGUCCCAUUGUUUACAAAUAGUAAGAGUUACAGUCAUUGGAAGCAGCCUUUUCAGCCUCCAUCUUUAAAGUGAAUGUGCCAUGACAGGUUCAGUCUUAACUGAAAUGAUCACCAUUGACAUUGAAUAUACACUGUCACGAACGUGGUCUAUUGGCCUGGCCAAGACAGUGGGGAGAGUGUGGAUGUGAAAAGGUUACAUCCACAUGUGGUGGCACUGUCCCAGGGGCAGGGAGUUCUGUGAAGGAGUGGUAGACUUGAUCUCCAAAAUCUUGCAGAGACUGGUUGAACUCGUGGGCGUGUCUCCUGUCCAGACCCACAGACUGCCUGACCAGGCAUGAACAAAUCUUACUUAAUAUGAUCUAUCUAGCUGCCCGCAGAGCCCUAGCAAAUAAAUGCAUGUGCACGGAGGAGCCCCCUCUCUUACUAGUCCUACACAAAAUCAGGGACAAUUGCCUAAUUGAUACGCUGACCUCAAUGGUCCGCAACUCCUCUAAAACCUUCUACAUGGUCUGGGAUCAGUAUGACACAGACAACAUGGCGGGUGGGCGGCUUAGUGUACGGGGUGCACCCUCAGGGCACAAUAGUGCCAGGAAAACGAGUGUGUUUUCCUGGCACUAUAGUGGUCCUUUAAAUGCAGAGAAACUCAACUUGGAGUACAUCAAUGUAAUACAUAAAAAAAACUAAAGUAAUACAAGUGUACAAAAUCAAUGUGGGCACUUCUAGUGUGGUGCCUGUAAAUGGAAUGUUUGUUUGCCAAACCCAGUUAUCUUUACAAGGCAUUAAAUGUACAUAGAAGAAGUGGAAUUUGGGUAGAGAUAGCAUUUAUUUUAAUAGCGAUGUAGAAUUAGAACUGCAUAUUGUCUCUCAUUUAUUUGAAUUACCAAAUGUAUGAUGUAGGAUUUCCAGCUAUCAGAAAAGUAGAUUCUAAGCAGACAACUGUAAGAGGAUAGACAGUCAACAUUGUAACUGCAAUGAUUUUGGUGAAAGUGGAAAUUUUCAUUUGAGCUUUGAGUUAAAUGAACAUUACCACAUAACUUCCAGUGGCUAUGGUGUGCUCUGUGGGAUCCUAGUCUGGUAAUUAAACCUUAUUUGGAUAGAAUUAUGUAUGCUACUGUAUCAUCUCUAAGCUACUGAUGUAAGUGAAAAGUAAAAUAAUUGAGUUAUGCUUCACAUUGAAGUGUGUCUUGGUCCAAAAAGAUUUGGAACCAUAAAUAAUAGGUCUCUAGGAUCUGCAUUUCCUGUAACUGCUUUUUAAUUGAACAGACUAGUAACAAACAGUACAGUAAAUCUAAACAAAAGUAAAGUUUAACUCCACGUUUUUCAGCAUUUUUUUUUUUUUUUUUUUUACAAGGGCUUCCGCAGUAGGUGUCCAAGUUUUACUCAGUGCCAUGGAAGUGCCUCUAGUGGCUGCUAGUAAGCAAGUCACUAGAGGUGUAUUAAACCCUGCAAUGUAAACAUAACCGUUUUUAUAAGCAAAAAAAAUAAAAACUUAAUAUCUUGAAUUUCAGGGUUAAAGGACCGGGCCACUUCACCCAGGUCACUUCAUUGAGAUGAAGUGGCCUGGGUUACUUUAAUGGCCAUUUAAUUAUCUUGAAUAUUAUGUUAACGAAAAUCAGUUUGUAUUUUUUUUUAAUGCCAAUUUGAAUGCACCCUGUAACUAAUGGCUAUCAAAUUAAGCAUUAGUUAAAGGACUACUAUAGGCACCAAGACCACUUCAGCUCAAUGAAGUGGUCUGGGUGUCAGGUCCCUCUAGUUUUAACCCUGCAGCUGAAAACAUAGCAGUUUCAGAGAAACUGCUAUGUUUCCCUGAGGGUUAAUCCAGCCUCUAGUAGCUGUCUCACUGACAGCCGCUAGAGGCUCUUCUGCGAUUCUCACUGUGAAAAUCACAGUGAGAAGACGCUGGACGUCCAUAGAAAGCAUUGAGUAAUGCUUUCAUAUGAGCUGUUUGAAAGUGCGCGCGGCUCUUGCCGCGCAUGGGCAUUUGGAUCUGCCGUUAGCAGGGGGUGGAGAGUUCCCCAGCACAGAGGGCGCCUGGCGCUGGAGAAAGGUAAGUGGACAGGGGAGAGGGGGAAAGAACACUGGGACAGUGGAGAGGGGGAGGAAAGAACACUGGGACAGUGGAGAGGGGGAGGAGAGGAACAUUAAGGGGAACAGGGAACAGGAAAGGGAAAAGGAACACUGGGGUAUCAGUGAUCACUAAAGGAGAAUGGAGGUUUUUCAUAUUAGAUUUAUUAAAUUAAUUAAAAAGUCUAAUAUUAAUAGAAUUAUGGGGGGGGGGGAGUAUUUUAAAAUCAUUUGGGGAAAAAAUAAAUUUUGCGGCCUAGAGCAUCCCUAAUUUUCUGUUUCGGCCUAGAAUUUUCAUUACGGUGCAUCCCUAAUUUUCAGCCUUCAGCCGUUGUCCUGUUCUAUCAUGUACACAGUGUCACUAUCAGACAUUAAUAUCUGUAACUCGUCUUUUCAUCCAUUCCUGAAAACCAGUGUCAGUGUGAAAAUUUUUACUAUGUUAAGUUGUGUAAAAUAAAGAAUGUAGCCUUACAGGGAUUUACAUUGAUCGACCUCUCACUGCUGUGACCACUGACUGUUUAUAUAACUGUCAAAAUAUACAGCGCAACAGUUGCCUCUAUAGACCGUAGCUGUUACAUGCCCCUCAUUGUUCUGGAGAGUGGUGGCUAGCUAGUUUUGGGCUUUACAAUGACAAACUCUGUUUAAAAUGGCACUGACACUGAAUAAUAGUGGCUGAGAUUUCCACAUCUUACUUUGAGAUCAAGAACCAAUAUAUGCCUGUACUUAUGGUUAGGGUAAAAUCUUGACAGUGUGUUCAAAAUAUAAUUGAAUUUUAUCUGUUCUGGCUAUAUACAUUUUUUGUUUAUUGUCAGCAUGCACUGUAUGCAGCCAUUUCAGUCGCUUUUACUCCACUGUAAGUGCACAUACAAGUGAAGGCUGGUUAUCUUUGUUUGAUCCUUUCCCCAUACUAGGCUACUCGCUGCCGAUCUCUAUGAGAAGCACUGGCUUGAUUGAGCAGGUUAAAACUCUCAAAUCAAAUGUUAUAUAAAAUAAGCACACACUCUCUAAAAGUAUAUAUUUAAGUAGUUUGGUUUUAUUUUGUGUGAAAUAGCAAAUAAGUCCAAAUAAUGUGUUGUGUCGGAGUAAUCUGGCUCCUAAUUAUUUAAUUUGUUUCCUGACUUCUGAUUCUAUAGAAAUAUGUCAAACACUUUUUUAUGGCACUGUUUUUCUUGAAAUGAUCUUAUCCUGAAUGUUAAAGGCUUAUGCCAAGCUCUAUGACUACUUCAGUGAUUUCAAAGAGUCAGGGUGCCUGUAUGUGAGUGUCAUUUUGAAACGCUUCUCUGCUACCGAAGGUAUAACUCAGUCUCCAGUGGUGGCAUUGGGGCAUCAUUAGCCAGCACGGAAAAAGAGUUCCAGGUGGCUAAUGUUAAUUCUGUGCAUGUGUGGUGUGUCCCCACCCUCUCCUAGCCGACGACCUUCCCUCCCUGACUUCCAUCCCGUUCCAGUGAGGUGGAGUGACAUAAGUGGAGGAGGAUCAGACUGAGGGGAGAACUUGUCCAGCAACAGUUACUCUAACCAAAAACUGUCAUCCCCUAGUUUAUCAAACCAUUUAAAACAGUUCCUAAUGGAGAUGGGUACAUAGCUGAUUGGACAAAAUUAACUGAUAAAUGUUAACUCUGAAUUAUCAAGUUAUCGCUGCCCAAGUUGAGCAGAAUUAACUUUUAUGUGCAAGCAUUAAAAUAAAGUACAUACACUUGUGUACAUUUUAAAUGAUGUCUCCACCCCCAAGAACUUUUUACCAUGGCAACUGUAAGAUUGUGUGUUAUCGAGCUCCCACUUCCUUUUAGAUCUGGCCAGAGGUUUUUCAGAAUAAAUUAAAACUAUAAAUAAUCAAUUGGACAUGUGCGAAAAACCUGGCACCGUGUAUAGCAUCACUCACUGUCUUAAAACGGGUCUUUCACCACCUGGGGUCUUGGCAUAAUUUGCUUGGGGGGCAGGCAAUUGGUGAGAUUUAUGUACCUGAAUCUGUCCUUUGCGGGCAUCGUCUGAGUUGUUCAGUACAGCAUUGAGAUUUACAAAGAGUCCCACAAGAUCCUCCAUAGAGAGAGCGGCUAAUGCGCACAUGCCACAAGUCUGACAGUCACUAGAGCCAGUAUUAGUCCUGCAAUGUAAUCAUUAAAGUUUUUUUAAAAUUGUGAUGAUAUGCAUUGCAGGACUAAGUGAGACAGGGACUCUGCACCCUGAACACUUUAAUGAGCUGAUGUUGCCUGGGUGUGUCCUUUUAAAGUGUUUCAAUGUUUCUUAAAAAUAUGUUUCAUUUCAUUAUAAUUUCAAGCAGUCCAAAGUUUAAAGAAACACAGUAGGGUCAGCUUAAAACCACCACUUAGGUGGCUUGCACCCUUAGAAAGGGUUUAAAACUAACCUUAUUUCCAGCUCUCCACGGGUCUGCAGGCGCUGGCCUCGCCAACGAUCCGCCUCUUUGGCUGACAUCAGCAUUGAUGAUCUCUGCCAAUUCAAUGCUUUAACGUUUAACAUUUCCAAUUUCAGGAGUAGGUAACCGUUGGCACUGCAAAUGUUCUAGAGUAGACUAUAUCUCCUCUAAUGUUCUGUCGGCAUUAUGGCUGUAAGAUGUAUGGGGGAUGUAGUCCUUAAUAUCUCUAGUGCCAAAUAGUGCUUGCUCCUGUCCUGUCUGUUGGCUUUGUUGGAACUGCUAGUGUAGCUUCUGAUUUAUUCAUUAAGAUCUUUACGGGGGGGAAAAAACAACAACAAUUGACUACCACUUUAAGAAGUGCAAGAUUAUGCCUAUGAUGCCAAAAAAAAUAAAAUCUUUGAAUUAUGUUUUUACUGAUGUCAUCAGAAACAAAAAGGAGGCUAUGUCAAAACUCUUGUCAUAAUUUAUUUAACAAAAAUAAAGCCAAAAUGGAGAAGCUAUGUGUGAAAAACUUAGUACACACUUACUGCCUCCAUAGGAAUUAAGAAGCUAAGUAGAAGACAGGUGCUACUAGUCAAAUGUCCUUGAUUAAUUGUAAAAAGUGUUUUAGCAGGACAAUGAUCCCCAGCAAAUCUACAUCAGAAUGGCUGAAAAGGAAAAGAAUCAAGGUAUUGCAAAGGCCCCAGUAUAAGUCCAUACCUCAAUUCGAUUGAAAUGCUGUGGUGGGACUUUAAGAGAGCUGUGCAUAAACAAAUGCCAGCAAACCUCAAUGAACUGAAGCACUGUUGUAAAGAAGAGUUGGCCAAAAUUCCUCCAUAGUGAUGCGAGAGACUGAUAGUCAUACAGAAAAGAUUACUUCAAGUUAUUGCUGCUUUAGCUGGUUCUACAAGCUAUUGAAUCAUAAGGUGUACUAAGGUUUUUACACAUGGCUUCUUAACUUUGGCUUGAUUUUUGUUAAAGGAAUCAUAAUAACAGUGUAGUAUGUCAUGUAUUGUUCAUCUUGGGUUUUAUUUACCAAACUUAAAGACUUGCUAAAGAACUGAUGAUCGUUAUGUCCUGAUAUGUGAAAACCAUAGAAAUCAAAGAGGGUGUACUUUAUUUUUCCCAUCACUGUAUGAAUGUAUACUAGAAGUACUAUUUUUAUGUCACUUGUACCCCUCACCUUGAUUAUUGUGUACUGCCGGUUUCAGAGGUAAAUACACAAGUGAAAAUAGAAAAUAAAUGCUGUGACAUUUUGCAGAUCUGAUUAUUACAAGCUCAUUUAUCUAUUAUCUGUCUUUUGAUGUAAAUGUGGGCUAACUUUCUGCAGCUCUCCCAUAAUACCAUGUAAAAUGUUAAAACUGCUAGAACAUAUUUCAGCUUCAUUCCUGUUUUAGCAACUCUGGCUACAUAGGUAAAGGAAGUUUACUUUGCACUUUGGUUUUUUAAAAUUAAAUGAACACUCGAUUUUCACAGUGAGAAUCGCGGAUGCGCGUCUGGCAGCUGUCAGUGAGACAGCUUAGAGGCUGGAUUAACCCUCAGUAAACAUAGCAGGUAAUCAUUUUCAGCAGCAGGUUUAAAACUAGAGGGACCUGGCACCCAGACCAUUUCUUUAAGCUGAAGAGGUCUGGGUGCCUAUAGUGAUCCUUUAAGGGGUUAAAAAAAAAAAAAAUACAUUCACAUCAAUUUAAUAACAUGAUUAGGUUUAUGUGGUUUGCCUCUUAAUUUUUUUAUUAUUAUUGGCAUUUAUAUAGCGCCAACAAAUUCUGUAGAGCUUACUACUGCAAUCUCUAAUGUUAAAGAAUUGGUUAUAGGAAAAGAAGAAAACCAGGCAUUUGACUUCGUAUCUGCACUUUGAUAACGCAGAUGGGUGCUUUAAUCAAAUUAAUAAUAACCGCUCAUUGUAGCAGUUACAUUGAUUUUAGGCACCCUCCUCGAGUUACAUGUCAGUUUAGCAUUUUUGGGAUUCCUUAUUUGAAAGUGUGGGAUUGUCGGUUCUAUAGAAAUUCCUUAUUUUGGCAAAUACUGAAUGAUAUGGGGAGUCGGUGUUAGCUGUUCUUACUUUCUUGUGUUGUCUAGUGUCAUUGCACACGUUUGCUUUUUCAUAUGGAGACUUAAACGGACACUAUAGUCACCAGAACCACUACAGCUAAAUGUAGUGAUUCUGGUGUCUAUAGCAUGUCCCUGUACUCUUAGCACUUUUUACAUCGAUGCUUAGUAACAACACUAGUGACAGUCACUCAAACGGCCACUAGAGAUGCUUCCUCUGUCAGUGCUGUGCAGUGUGCAGCACUGGAAUUCAUUGUCUCCACUCUUUGCAUGGAGGCACUGAACGUUCCCAAUGGCGAUGCUGAUUGGUGCAGUGUGGUGUUUUGUUGCGCAUGCGCAAUUGCCUCCCUAUGCUUUCCUGUUGGGAAUGAUUCGAUUGGCUUAGAUCACCAAUAUUGAUCUCUGCUGCAGCGAGACAGAUGUGGGAGUUAGUAUAAGUUUUAACCCUUAGUGUCCCUGGAGACUUAGUACCUAAACUGUGAUUUCUACGCUGUUGGUGUUUCUGACACUUUUAGGAGACAUGAAUGUUCUGUAGAGACUUCUGAAUACAACCAAUGCCCUAAAUUGUCUUCCAAAUACAUCAUUAUUUCUCUUCAAUGAAGCAUCUUCCCUAUACAUAUGAAAACUUUGCAACUUGGGGGCAGUAAUAAAAAUUCUAAAUAAAACGUAGCCUGUAGCAAUUAUUACUACAAGGACUUUGCUUUUUUGCUUAAAGGGAUGCUAUAGUCACCUGAAAAACUUUAGCUUAAUUAAGCAGUUUUGGUGUAUAGAAUAUGCCGCUGCAGCCUCACUGCUCAAUCCUCUGCCAUUUAGGAGUUAAAUCCCUUUUGUUUAUGAACCCUAGUCACACCUCCCUGCAUGUGACUUGCACAGCCUUCCAUAAACACUUCCUGUAAAGAAAUCCCUAUUUAGACUUUCUUUAUUGCAAGUUCUGUUUAAUUAAGAUUUUCUUAUCCCCUGCUAUGUUAAUAGCUUGCUAGACCUGGCAAGAGCCUCCUGUAUGUGAUUAAAGUUCAAUUUAGAGAUUGAGAUACAAUUAUUUACGGUAAAUUACAUCUGUUUGAAAGUGAAACCAGUUUUUUUUUUUUUUUUUUCAUGCAGGCUCUGUCAAUCAUAGCCAGGGGAGGUGUGGCUAGGGCUACAUAAACAGAAACAAAGUGAUUUAACUCCUAAAUGACAUUGAAUUGAGCAGUGAAAUUGCAGGGGAAUGAUCUAUACACUAAAACUGCUUUAAUUAAUUUAAGUAAUUUAGGUGACUGUAGUGUUCCUUUAAACAAACCUGUAUUUUACAAACCUGUAUUCCUGACACUAGUGCUGGUGUAGCUGUUUAGGUCCCUUGUCCCUUUCUCUGUAGAGUGAAAAUAUUUUUUUUCCUCACUUUUUCUCCCACGCACUGUCGGUCUUGCUCGGCUGGCUCCGCCUCUGUGAUUGAGAUCAUCAGUUUUGAUGAUCUCCGCCAAUCCUAUAAGUUCCCAUGGAAAAGCAUUGGGAAGCUAUUGCAUAUGCGUGGCAAAACGCCAAGCUACGCCAAUCAGUAUCUCCUCAUAGAGAUGCAUUGAAUCAAUGGAUUUCUAAGGGGAACUUUCAGCUCUUUCAUGCAGUGCGUGGAGAUGCUGAAUGUAGGUGGUGCAGCAUUGCAAUAGGAAGCACCUCUAAUGGCCAUCUGACUGACAACCACAAAAGGUACUACUAGGCACCAAUGUAAACACUGCCUUUUCUCUGAAAAGUCAGUGUUUACAUUGAAAAACCUGCAGGGACAGGCAAUAGACAUCAGAAUCUCUACAUUAAACCGUUGUUGAUCUGGUGAUUAUAGCGUACCUUUAACUAAAAAAAACGACCAGACUGUUGGUGGGUACUUUGUCGUAAUUGGCUCCAUAUGUAGGACAGGCCUCUGCAUUACCUGUUAGAAAGAAGUUCCACUAUUUUAUGGUUUUGAUUUGUAUUUCAAUGUUGUUUAUCUUGACUUCCUUUGAUUAUUAUUAUUUGUUUUGAAAACGACUGCAACAACCAACUAAAUUUCUUUUUUGUUUUUAGGAUUUGAAAGCAUUUUAGAAGGACUGUUUGGACCUGGAUUACUUAAAGAUCUCAGCUUGUUUGAAGGUAUGUUCUUCCCUUUUACACAUAUGUACACUCAGAAUAGUUUGGUUACUUAUUGAAAUAAAUAAAAAAAAAUAAAAACUUAAUUUUUCCCCCCAGAAUUUUCUUUUUGAUAGUUGCAAUAAUAUUAUCAUCUAAGAACUGACCUCUAGAUACAUGUGCCAAAUCAAUAUUCUAAAAUACAGAUGACUCUUAUACUCAUAUGGCACAUCUUACAGUAAAACACAGUGGCACACAUUUAAGUAUGCUUAAAGCGGCACUGUCAUGCCGAACUUACCUUUCCCUAAUCACUUUCUCUUCUCUUCCUCUCUCAGGAUCUGUUCCUCAUUUCUUCCUGUCUGCUCUAGUUUUCUUUAAAACAUAAGGCAAAGUAGUUCCACCUCCUGUGGUCAGAGCAAUUUCCCACAAUUCUCACCUUUCCUCCGUUUUCUUGUGAUGCCUUCUUUCACUAUUCCCGACUGUCCUGUCAUUUAGACAGGACGCUGGCGAAGCUACCAAAUUUCGUCCUAAGAGAAUGAGAACAAUCGUUACUUUUAGUAGAUAGCUCCCUAAUUCCCACGGUAUCAGGAUGCUAUCUACCAAAAAAUAAAUGGGCCCCAUGGUGGGGCAUCUCUUAACUAGGGGGGGAGGGUUGGGGGUGAGAAACAUAGUGUCCCCCUUGCCCUGCGAGUGGGGGCUAUUUAACUAAAUGGAGGCCACUUGGCCCCCAUCCAUUAACUGCGGAUGGGGACCCUAAAUGGCCUAUUUUUUAGCCCCAAAAAAGGCCAAAUAAAAAUCCAUAAUACCUGUUGAACUUUAAAAAUAAAUUAAAAACCCGAGUACGAAAAAAAACAGACUGAGCUCCGCAGGGCAGAGGAGGCAGAGUACUGCAAAACCUUUUUUUUUUCUUGAAAAAUUUAAGCAUGUAGCAAAUACCAUCAGCAGGUGUUGUGAACCGCAACUAUAUUGAUGCCUUGCCAUUAUUAUGGUUGUUUGAGCAUUAUGAACGAUGUAUUCCACAACACCUGGAGUGCCAAGGUUUCCUACCCCUGUUAUAGGCUUUUGGUCCUAAUAGGUUAGUAAUUAAGUAUUUUCUACAUAUUUACAUGUUUGAAAAGAAAAAUGUUUUGGAGCAUUCUGCCUGCCACAUCUGUCAAAUUGCUGGCCUGUAACAUGUAGAACAUUCUAAGCACUAUAAUCAGUACAGACCACUGUAGUAGGUAUGGUGCCAUAGUGUGCUGACUCCCUCCCAGACAGAGUAAUCAAACUGCUUUUAAAAGCAAUUUAACAACCUACCUGAAUCAUGCCAGGUGCCCCUCACUGCCUCCCUUGCUUCAAUUUGUGUGCUAGGGCCGUGUGCUGGCUUAGAUCAGUGGCUGGGGAGUUGGGCACUGGAUGGGACCCAUGUAAGUUGUCCAAUUGUUCUUAAACGGUUGCACUACUUACUCUGGGGUGACACCAGGACACUCUGGCACCAUAACUACUACAGUCAGUCAAUCUUUAAAAUUGUGUUGGUGCCUAAGCUACAAUAUUUGAUUGGAGGGUUUACAAUUUAGUGUUUACAUAAGAAGAAAGGGGAAUAUUGAGCUUUAGAUGUAUUUGUAAUUUUGUUGUUGGUGCUCAGUGAAUCCCUGGAAUGUGAGUAGACUUUAAAGGACCACUAUAGUGCCAGGAAGGACCCCCUCCCGCCGGGCUCUAGGGUGAGAAAGGGGUUUUAAACUCUUACCUUUUUCCAGUGCCGGGCUCCCUCGGCGCUGGGGAAUCUCCUCCUUCUUCUGCCGUCAUCGGCUGAAUGCGCAUGCGCGCCCAUUCAGCCAGUCUCAUAGGAAAGCAAUCUCAAUGCUUUCGUAUGGACGGCAGCGUCUUCUCACUGUGAAAAUCACAGUGAGAAGCGCCUCUAGCGGCUGUUAAUGAGACAGCCACUAGAGGCUGGAUUAAACCUUUUGUAAACAUAGCAGUUUUUCUGAAACUGCUAUGUUUACAGCAGGAAGGGUUAAUCCUAGAGGGACCUGGCACCCAGACCACUUCAUUAAGCUGAAGUGGUCUGGGUGCCUAUAAUUGUCCUUUAACAUAAUAUUCUCAAUAAUCUAGAAUAAUUUGGCGUACCAACUUGUAAUGCAUUACGUUUCCAUCUAACAUAUAAGCAGCCUGCACAUUUUGCAUCUGUACUUGUAUUAAAGGGACACUAUAGGCACCCAGACCACUUUAGCUCAUUGAAGUGGUCUGGGUACAGUAUCCCUAGUGCACUUUGUGUUGCAAUGUUAAACUUUGGAGUUCCAGAGAAACUGCAGUGUUUACAUUUCAGCACAAAGUCUCUCUCCCAGACAGCCACUCGAGGCUCUUCCUGUAUCCUAACGGACUGUAACUGACGCUGGACAUCCUCACGCUCUGCGCGAGGGCAUUAAGCGUCCGAUUGAUUCAGUGCUUUCCUAUAGGGAGGUCUGAUGUACGCUUGGCAUUUGCCGCGCAUAAGCUUUUAGCUUCCGCUCGUCAGAGGAAGCGGAGUUGCGAACCAGCGCUGAGGAACAUCGGUGCUGGAGUAAGGUAAGUAAAGGGGUUUUAACCCUUUAUUCGUGUCGGUGGUGGGUGCGGGGGAGGGUGCAUGGGAGCGGGUAGGCUUUAAAGUAUCACUUUAAAUCACAGUCUUUGUUAAGGUUUUUUUUAGAUUGUUAUUGUGUUUUUGUCUCAGAGCAAUAUUUUUAUUUAUUUUUUUUUAGCUUUCCGUGAACACUAUGAGGGGUACUUGUUUGAUUGUGUAUUAAUAUAAAUAAUAAAAUAAUAAUAAUAAUAGCUUCUGGCUUUAAAGUUCAAGAUACUGAAAAAUAUGCAAACAAUUUUAUUGCACCUGCUAUUUUGCUUAGUAUGUUAUUUUAAGAGGUCGUACUUAAUUAUGCAUGUUUUUGUCCAUGUUUGCAGACUGUGAACCUACAAGUGUUUGUGACUGGUCUUUUGAUGAAAACUGCCUUUUUUGCUGUGUAAGACGAGAAAAAGUUAAGGUAAUCUGAUAAAAUGUCUUGUACAGCGAGUACUUCAUCAAUAUGUUGUAAGACUACCAACCCAAACAAACAUUGAAAGUACCAGUACUUUUGUAGUUUAUUUAAAACACCGCUUUCUGUAGCAAGUUUCUUGUUAACCAGUGCCAGUUUGCAUAAAUCCAAUUUUGUUUUUACUUUUUUGUUACUUUGUUAUAUUUUUUUUUUCUCUGCCUCCUCUGCACCAUUACAUGCCAGGCACUUGCAGAAUAUAAAUUCUUUGAAGACUGAGGGCGUGGCUGAUUAUGUCUGAACAAAUUGGGUGUGCUCAGAUUGCUGGGUAAAUGUUGAUACUGUAAGACCCGGGAUUGGGCUCACAGACUGCCUGGUGUUGGUAUACAUGUGAAGACUAAAUGCACCUAGCGUUGGUGAAAUACAUUUUCCUUUCUGCUCAUCAGUCUAUGUGAUUGGAGUUAAGUGGGGUGAGUGCAACUCCAUAUUUCCAUAGGAGUGGGGUGCAUUUUAUGUUGCUUGGAGAGUUCAGUACAAGAAUAUUUUUUUAUGGUAAUUAGCGUAUUCAUUUGGAGCUAUUCCUGAUAAUAGGGAAGAAAGAGGCUCAUUUGUGUGACAUCUCAUUCCAGUGUGUUGUAGAGCAUAGUGUAAUUUGUGCGUAUCACUCCAUAGACUUAAAGCGACACUUUUAACACCAGAACCACUACAGCUUAAUGUAGCAGUUUUGGUGCAAAUAGCCUGUCCCUGCAGUCUCUAAAUUGUAAACACUGCCUUUUCUGUACUAUUUCAGACACUUAUAGAACAUUGUACAGCAAUAUGCCAAUGAGCAUACCCUGUUUUUGUUCCUUUAUCGAUGUCCUGCUGUGGCGAAUUGCACCUAGGACACCCCCAUGGUCAUUUGUGGAACUAAUGUAAAGAGGGCCCUGGUGUUGGACCCUCUUCUAGCUUAAAGAUGGCCAAAAAGUAGAUCAUUCACUGUUAACCAACUCCCACAAUGCUUGGCAUCUACCACUUGCCUAUCCUUGCAUGGUUGUGUUUCUGAACAGUGUGCAUUUGAAUAUAAGCAUGUUUUAUAUGGAUUGUGUGUGUGUCUGUAUGUGUAGUUGUAUGCACUUUGCCAUUUGAAUGCAAUGGUUUGUUUGGUGUUUGAAUGCAUUAGUGUAUUUCUACUUCCUGGUUUGCUUGAGCUCGGUGGAGCUAAACUCAAGAGGCAGCAAUUGCCAAGAGCACCUGCCUUGCAAAGACUUCUCAUUGAGCUGUAUGAGGAAGUUUGUGAUUUCUUUAUAAAAAGAAAUGAAAAAAAUGCACAAUUAAAUGCAUGCAGCACUGUGCAUUUCAGAGGGGGCAUAUCUACAUUUAUUUACUUGUUGGAGGUGGGGGGGAGGGCACUGGAGCUCCCCUUUUAUGGCUUACAAACUUGACUCUUACAUUAGCGACAACCUCCUUACACCUGCGCCAGAAGAAUGUGUAUGGACCUCUACAAAUCAUGGAUUCUAUUCAAUAAAAGCGGUUUGUCUUUGACAAAUGGAAAUAACAUCUGUGGCAGAAAAAGUAAUAAAAGUAGGAGAAUACUUCUUAACCAUCAAUUUGAGAAAAACAAUCCAUACUUCCCCAUGCAAUGCUUUUAUUUGAAUAGGAAAUGGCAAUUUCUAAUAAGGACGUUUUGGGAAUGGAUAUAUUGUUUUUUUGCAUCUAUGAAAUAAUCUGUUGUCAUGCAUAAUUAGACGUAGAGCUAUUUUGCACACCAGGUUAUAAUCUCUUCAGUACAGAAAACAUGAUACUAUAUCUUUUUCCUCUCAUUUAUAAAUUACAAUAAAGCUGGUAGGAUUUACACGGUGGUUUAGUUUCCUUACAGUGAUAUAAUCAGAAUCUAGUAAAGGUAAACAUACACUUAAUAUAGCUUUUCUAAUGGCAUUGCAGGAGCCUAUCUAUGUAAAUUAGAUUUGUAUUUGGAACUGCUCCCCCUGGAAAUGUGCUGAAUCUCUGAGUUUACUUGUGCAACCAGUCCUGGCUAUUUACCAUUGCUGUUGAAUAAGACUCAUCUGGUGGGGACAAGAUUUGAGGUAUGCUUCAUUUUGAAUGGGCACACAUCAAGGCUUGUAAUUUGGAAAAUGAGUUUAGUGUUUGUAUAUGAUAUACUAUUUUAUAUACAAUAUUUGCUAAUUAUGACCUUACUACUGAGUAAACCGAGAAUUGCAGUGAAUUUUUAAACUUGAAUUGCAGAGUUUAGGCCAAAGUAGUUGGGCCAAUCUUUUCAAUUCAGCUGUCUUUCCAGCUUGCCUUUUCUGUGUUUUUUUUUUUUUUUUUUGUAUUGUGGUUUUUAAUUCAUCAUAAUUUACUGUUUAGUGAGCAAACCCAUUUUGCUUUGGUAUUGGUUUGGCGUGAGGUGUGAAAUUGUGAGUGAAAGGUUGUUUGUGGCAGAACGUAUUGUCUCUGCACAUCCUUAAAUAUAAAUGGAAUUCAACACAAUCUGGUUUUUGUAUGUUUAAUAAGCAAAAGCAUGUUGUCAUUUAAAGGACAACUGUCACCUUAAAACUAUUUUUAAUAUAAUCCACUAUUGAAGUUUGUGAAAAAUAAUGUUUCCCAUAUUCUUUCACCUGCUUUACCAUUGUUAUCAAAAUUAAUGUUUUGUGCUCUUUCCCGCAUGCGAAGUAUCACUAUGUAUGUUUCCAAAGGAGAGAGAAAUGCACACACUAUGGGGAACACACCCAGUAGGGGGCUUACUAGCAGGGGAGGGGUCAAGCUCCCAAAUACAUCCAGUCAAUUUACAUACAAAUGUAUGGAUAUAACUGUUUGUUUCUUCGUCGUUUAGGAGUGCAGAAAAUAAAAGUUUUGGCACUUCUCCUUGACAAAGGCACAGGAGAAGUGCUGAAAUGUUUAUCUUUUGCACUCCUAAAUAAAAGACUGCCACUCUAAGAAACAAACAGUUAUGCACAGACACUUGUAGUUGAGUAUCACUAGUCUUUAUAUUAUCCAGCCUCAACACUGCUGCUCCUGUACAUACCUCUAUCUGUGAGGGACCAAUAGAAGGGAUGUGCGUGCCUGCACUGUGUGAGGGACCGAUAGAAGGGAUGUGCGUGCCUGCACUGUGUGAGGGAUCGAUAGAAGGGAUGUGUGUGACUGCACAGUGUGAGGGACCGAUAGAAGGGAUGUGCGUGCGUGCCUGCACUGUGUGAGGGACCGAUAGAAGGGAUGUGCGUGCCUGCACUGUGUGAGGGACCGAUAGAAGGGAUGUGCGUGCCUGCACCGUGUGAGGGACCGAUAGAAGGGAUGUGCGUGCCUGCACCGUGUGAGGGACCGAUAGAAGGGAUGUGCGUGUCUGCACCGUGUGAGGGACCGAUAGAAGGGAUGUGCGUGCCUGCACUGUGUGAGGGACCGAUAGAAGGGAUGUGCGUGCCUGCACUGUGUGAGGGACCGAUAGAAGGGAUGUGCGUGCCUGCACUGUGUGAGGGACCGAUAGAAGGGAUAGGCAUGCCUGCACUGUGUGAGGGACCGAUAGAAGGGAUGUGCGUGCAUGCACUGUGCGUGUGAAAGAUGGUUGGGGUGUGAGGGAAAGAUAGAAGGGAUGUGCAUGCCGUCACUGUGAGGGAAAGAUGGAAGGGAUAUUACACGUGCCACGCCCCAUCCUCUUCACAAGUAAUAAGGGCAGAGAAUAUGUGUUGUUUUUUUUUUUUUGCCCAUGUUAUUAACACCAUAGGGUUGGGGGCAGAAGAGGGAUGUUUAAGCGGUUUGGGAGUGGUCUAAACUUCACUUCUCUACCACUCACUCCAUGGCAGAUUCACCUGAGUACUAAAGGGAAUUCUCCAGUGCCAGGAAAACAUAUCUGUUUUCCUGGCACUAGAGGAUCCUAGAGUGCCCCUAUCCCACGUCACUGAAGGGGUUAAAACACUUACCUCAAUCCAGCACCUGUGUUCCUCUGCGCUGGGUCAGGCUCCGGCGGCGUGGGAGACCUGCCACGCACGCUCAUUAUACCUCCCCAUAAGAAAUCAUUAUUCACUGCUUUCCUAUGGGGAUUCUGGUGGCGCUGGAGGUCCUCAUGCAUAGCGUAUGGACACCCAGCAUCGUUUAGACGACCAAAAGUCAGCCACUAGAGGAGGACUUAACCCUGCAAGGUAAAUAUUGCAGCUUAUAAAAUUGGCAAUAAUUACACUUGCCACGUUGUGGGUGAUGGGAGUUGGCACCCAGACCACUUUAAUGAGCUGGAGUGGUCUGGGUGCCUACAGUGUCCCUUUAAGGCCACCCUGGCCUGCAAUUCAGCUGAAGGGGAAAAUAAAACCUGCCCAGUUCACAUACUUGUGGUGUUAUAUCUGGGGUGUGAAAUUUAUAUAAGAACAGUAAAAGUGGGAUCAGUAUAAAAGAAUGGGGGAGGUUACUGAGGUGACAGGCAUUAAAGGGAGUUGAAAAUGAUGGAACAGAUGAAAACCAUGUUGGUUUUAUUCAAUACUUUUUAUUCAACACUUGGAUUAGUUUAUCUGCUGUAUUUGACUUUAUGCAAACUGGCUUCUUUAUAUCUGCAAACCUCUACAGUGUAUAACGCUGUGUUUUAAGAUACAAAAUAUAGAAUAAAGAACAGCGCACACAAAACGGAAAAAAAAUAGUUUAACAUUUUACUUAAAAUCCCCUAUCUAUCUUAGAAAGCAAAUAUGGGGAUUCAGUUCCACCAUAUGGCCAUAUUGUGUUAAGCCUACCAAGAUGUCACAGUACCCUAAUAUUGGUGGAUCCUACACUAAUUUAAACAUAGGAUAUUGAUAUGUUAACUGCAAUACUACUGCAAUACUUCUUGCUUAAAAUACUUCUAGCAACUCUCCUCAAUUUAUACGUUCCUGUGGUCACCUCUGAAAGGGCACCUACAGUGGAUGGGUGGGUGCUCAGCUCAAUAGGAAUAUAGUCUGGAUUCUAAAUCUGCACUGAAAAAAAGGGAUUUGGGGGUACAUGCAUUUCUAAGUAGUGGUGCUGCUGUAAAAAAAAGACCAAAGUAUCUACAAAAUACAUAAUUACAUAGCUGAAAAGAGACUUGCGUCCAUCAAGUUCAGCCUUCCUCACAAAUGUUGUUGCUGUUGAUCCAAAAGAAGGCAAAAAACCUGGUCUGAAGCACUUCCAAUUUUGCCACAAACUAGGAAAAAAUUCCUUCUUGACCCCAAAAUAGCAGUCAGAUGUCUCCUUGGCUCAAGCAGCUAUUACCCCACUAAUUAGAAAUUAUAUCCCUGUAUGUUAUGUUUUUGUAAGUAUUUAUCCAAUUUCAGUUUAAACAUCUGUAUGGACUCUGACAAAACCACCUCUUCAGGCAGAGAAUUCCAUAUUCUUAUUGUUCUUACUGUAAAAAAAACUUUUCUUUGCCUUAGAUGAAAUCUCCUUUCUUCCAGCCUAAAUUUGUGACCUCGUGUCCUAUGUAUAACCCUGUUUAUGAAUAGAUUUCCAGAUAAAGGUUUGUACUGGCCCCGAAUAUAUUUGUAUAAAGUUAUCAUAUCCCCUCUCAAGCGCUGUUUUUCCAAACUAAACAGAUUUAAUUUUUUUUAACCUUUCUUCAUAACUAAAAUGCUCACUUCCUUUUAUCAAUUUUGUAGCUUGUCUCUGGACCCUCUCCAGAGCCAUGAUAUCCUUCUUUAGAACAGGCGCCCAAAAUUGCACAGCAUAUUCAAGGUGUGGUCUUACCAGCGAUUUCUAAAGAGGCAAAAUUAUAUUUUCAUCCCGAGAAUUUAUGCCCCUAUUUAUACAUGACAAAAUCUUACUGGCCUUAGCAACUGCAGAUUGACAUUGCAUAUUGCUGCCUAAUUUGUUGUCUAUAACAAUUCCCAAAUCCUUCUCGUGUGUGGUUAUCCCUAAUUCACUACCAUUUAGUGUGUAAGUUGCUUGUGCAUUCUUAACCCCGAAGUGCAUAACUUUGCAUUUCUCUAUAUUAAAUUUCAUCUGCCAUUUUAGUGCCCAGUCCCCCAAUCUAUCCAAAUCUCUCUGCAGCAAAGCAAUAUCCUGCUCACAUUUUAUUACUUUACAAAGUUUUGUGUCAUCUGCAAACACUGAUACAUGGCUUUCAAUGCCUAUUUCAAGAUCAUUUAUAAAUAUGUUAAAUAGAAGUGGUCCCAAAACAGAACCCUGAGGGACACCACUUACCACUUUUGUCCAGCCUUAAAAUUUACCAUUAAUUACAACUCGUUGUACUCUGUCCUUAAGCCAAUGUUCUACCCAAGAACAGGAAUAUUCAUCUAGACCAAUCUCUUUUAGUUUGAAGACUAACCUAUUGUGAGGAACCGUAUCAAAUGCCUUGGCAAAGUCCAAGUAGAUCACAUCCACUGCAACACCCUGAUCUAUACUUCUACUUACUUCUUCGUAGAAUGCAAUUAGGUUAGUUUGACAUGACCUAUGUUUCAUAAAACCAUGCUGAUUAUUGCUAAUAACAAAGUUCUUCCCAAUGAAUUCCUGAAUAUUAUCCCUUAAUAGCCCUUCAAAUAUUUUCCCAGUUACAGAAGUUAAGCUCACAGGUCUAUAAUUUCCAGGCAAGGAUUUUGAACCCUUUUUAAAUAUAGGAACAACAUCUGCCUUCCUCCAAUCCUCCAGUACAACACCUGAAACAAAAGAAUCUUGAAAAAUUAAAUACAGAGAUUCACUUAUUUCCCCACUUAGCUCCUUAAGUACUCGUGGGUGAAUACCGUCAGGCCCCGGAGCUUUAUUUACAUUAAUUUUCUUUAAUAGCUGUAGCACCUUGUCUCGAGUUAUCCAAUCACAAGUUAUUUGCAAGUUUUUUGCAGCAAACAUUUGCAUAUCUCUUGCCAUAGGAUCCUCAUUAAUAUAUACUGAAGAAAAAUAGUUAUUUAGAAUUUCUGCUUUUUCCUGGUCUUCAUUAGCUAAUAAACCCAACUCUGUUUCAAGUGUACCUACACUCUCAUUUUUUGUUUUUUUAGAAUUGAUGUACUUGAAAAAAAAUUUGGUGUUGGUUUUGCAUUCUUUAGCUAUCAAUUUCUCAUUUUCUAGUUUAGCCACUUUAAUUGCCUUUUUGCAAGUGUUAUUGGCUUCCUUAUAUCUUAAAUAGGAUGCCUUUGAUUUGUCUGAUUUAAAUGCCCUUUUCUUAUUUUUAAUCUCUUUUUUUACUUCUCUACUAAGCCACAUUGGUUUUAAUUUGUUUCUUUUAUAUUUAUUACCCAAAUGGUACAUACUGAGAAAUGUACCUUUCUAAUAUAUGUUUGAAUAGUUUCCAUUUAUCCUCAGUGUUUUUAUCACUAAGGAGUUUAUGCCAGUCGAUAUGUUGUAGAGCUGCCUUAAUCUUAUUGAAAUUGGCUUUUUAAAAAUUAUAUGUUUUAGUAUACCCCACCUGCUUUUGCUUUUUUGAGUUUAUUUCAAAAUUUACCAUAUUGUGAUCACUAUUCCCCAAAUGCUCCCCUAGUUGAAUGUUGGUUAAAAGAUCAACAUUGUUUGUUAUGACAAGAUCCAGACAAAGCAUCCUUUCUAGUUGGUGCUUGUACCAGUUGUGACAUAAAGGUGUCAUUUAACACAUUCAAAAACCUGAUUCCCCUUGCUGAAGUACUAGUCCCUCUUUCCCAAUUUAUGUCUGGAUAAUUAAAAUCUCCAAUAAUUAACGUGUUACCUCGAUUUGCAGCUUUCUCAAUUUGCUCUAACAGCUGUUCUUCCUCAUUAAUAUUUACAUUAGGUGGUUUAUAACAUAUCCCAACCAAUAAUUGAUUUCCCUUUGUUUGCCCCAAGCAGAUAUCUACCCAUAAAGCCUCCACCUUUUCCUCGUCACACUCCACAUGCCUAAGAUUUGACUUUAACUCAUGGUUGACAUAUAAACAUACCCCACCACCCUUCUUGUUUUUCCUAUCCUUCCUAAAUAACGUGUACCCAUUUAAAUUAACUGCCCAGUCAUGUGUCUCAUCCCACCAUGUUUCUGUUAUGCCUAUUAUAUCAUAUUGUUUAUUGUAUGCUAUUGCCUCUAGUUCCCCCAUUUUGUUAUAUAGGCUCCUUGCAUUAGUAAGCAUACAUUUAAUAUUAUCAUGAGUCUUUUCUACUUUUUGUGAAUUAUCAAUAUUACAUACCUCCUCUGUUCUGAGUUUUCCCCUCCCCCCAUAUCCACCCCCUUUGUUCUGAGCUAACGCCCAUCUCCUUUCCAUCCUAUCUCCAUUUUCUAGAUUGCUUUGACCCCCCCCCCUACCACUAGUUUAAAAUCUCCUCCAACCUUCUAGCCAGCCUAUCCCCCAGCACAGCAGAUCCUCUUCCGUUUAGGUGCAAUCCAUCAUGACUAUACAGGUUGUACCCAAGCGCAAAAUCGGCCCAGUGCUCUAAAAACCCCAAACCCUCUUUCCUGCACCAAGACUUUAGCCACGCAUUGACCUCUCUAAUCUCCCGCUGCCUUUCUGCUGUAGCGCGCGGCACAGGUAAUAUUUCUGAAAAAAUUACCUUGGAGGUCCUUUUCUUAAGCUUACUUCCUAGUUCCCUGAACUCAUUCUUUAGGACCUUCCAUUUUCCUCUGACUUUGUCAUUGAUACCAAUAUGGACCAUGACAGCUGGGUCAUCUCCAGCCCCUCCCAAUAAUCCCUCCACUCUGUCGGCAACAGGCCGGACCCGAGCACCCGGGAAUAGAUUAAGGAACGCUCACAAACAAAAAACAUUUCAAAUUUUAUAAGGCUACUUAUAUUCACUUAAAUUAGGACACAAAUAUGUAGAUUCAACAUAUGGCCAUAUUGUGUUAAGCCCACCACUGUGUCCACAGUAACCCAAAAUCGGUGGGUCCUGCACUAAUUUUAAAGUGACACUGCACAAAUACAAAAUAAAUGCAGUUUAGCGGAUAUUGUGUUUUUGUAAUUUAAAAAAAAAAUGGGGUGGGAGGGGAAGAGGGGGGCUUGGAGUAUAUCUAAAAACAGCUUGCAAAAACUGCUGUUCUCUUGUCUGUAGACUUUGCAAUCCCUCCCCUUCUAACCCCGCUAUGAUUGUCAAUGGCUGUACAGUCACAGACUUCGCGAUGCAGCUUAAGAGUCUUUGUAUUUAAAGGGACACUGUAGUCACUAUAACCACUUUGUCUCUUUGAAUUGGUUAUAGUGCCUGGAGUGCCCUGGCACUGUCCCUCCAUUCAGUGUUGCACCAUGUUUGUGCAGUAUGCCACAAAUUAAGAGUCCCUGGCCACCCACAGUCCGGCCCCUUCUGUAUGUGUAGCUAAGGCAGAGAUUACACACUUCCUUGUUGUCAUACCCAUUCAUACUGUCAGUUGGAGCUCUGACCGGUUAAAAGCAGUCAGCUGACACUCUCAGCCAAUCACAGCUGCCCAUUGCCUCUCAGGGUAAUACUUCUUUAUUAGCCAAAGCAGCACAGAGGGGAUAGACUGCCGUGGACUCUUGUUUAGCAUUAAAACAUUACAACAUUAAAAACUGUUUAAUGCUGAAAGAAAUGAUGGUACCAGGGGACUCCAGACACUAUAACCAGUUUAAUGAGAUGAAGCAGAUACAGUGCCUACGGUGUCCCUUUGAGUAUUAGGAAAGCAAGUGCUCUGAGCGAUUGCUGCCUCUUGCGUUUAGCUCCACAGACCUAAACAACCAGUUAGUAACAGGACCUGUUGUCUGAUCGACAGCCAGUGGUGUGUGGCAUAUUUUAUAAAAGUUCAAAUUUCUAUUGAAAUCUGCAAAUACAAAAUGAACAAAAUAGGACACACUCAUCAUGCAUAAAGCUUUUCAGCAAGCUAUAGUGCUUUAGGGGUCUGGAAUGUCCUUUUAACAUGGGAAAUAAACAUUCUAACUGCAAUUCUUACUGCUUAAACCGCUUCCACAGACUCCACCCAUCCACUACAGGUGUCCAUUUGGAGGUGACCAAAGGAAAGCAUAAAUUGAGGAGAGUCUCGCUAGACCUUUCACAAAUAAAAUAUAUUAAUGAAAUCUUUCCAAAUGUCCCUUGUUCACUGUGACCUCUUCCUUGCUCAGAAGAGGCUGAGAUAUCCAAGCCUUUCCUAAAGUAUAUGACAAGCUUUAAAAUCUAUGUAGCAUUAAUAAUAAAGGCUUUUUCAAAUCACAAAUUCUAAUUCUGGUCUGCUAGCUGCCUAUCACUCUUGAAAGAGUGGGGAAAAAAUGGUGUAUAUGAUCAGAAUAAUUUUGCUCAGUUCGUUUGAUUUUGUUCAAGUUCUUGUAAAAGAAGUAUGUUUAAGAAUGGUUUAGAACAUUUCUGUACAGCUGAAUGUAUACAAAAGUUGUCUUUUGCAUUAAAUCAGUGGACUGUGCUGCAAUAAGUGCUUUUGGUUUCUUUUUAGGAACAUUUAGCUGGCUUUCAUAAACCAGUCUGUGAAGCUGGCCAAGAAAACUUGCUUAAACAAGAUCAAGCAAAAAUUAUUCGACUGGAAAGACAAGCAGAAGAAUUUAUCAAUGCAGUCUUCUACAAGAAAGGUUUGUGUUUACUCACUCUUGCUCAAAUGCAGGCAAUAUUUGUCUACUUUUUCUAAUGUGUUGCAGUUCUUGUUUAAGAGUCUGUAUCAUUUGUAAUGCUAUUAAUGAACAGGGAGCUUUGUUUUUUAUUGUUUUAUACCUCUUACCUUGUUCCUAAAACGAAAAUCUAAUUGUUUAAUAAGCCACUGCCUGCUGACUUCUUUAUUUUGAGGUCUUGAUAUUGAUGUUGGAUACUGAUAUAGAUCCAAAUAUUGGUCUUUGUUCUAUUCAGAAUUCAAAUUAUUAUAACAAGUGCACUUGGAGAAGCGUGAAUUAGACACCAGACGUGUGUUGGUUAUCAAAAUAAGCCUCUGUCGUUUCUUCGUCAGAUGGGUUUUUAUACAUUAAAAAGUGCUUACGUGCAAAUACUCAUAGGACAGUAGUAGGAAGGGAGUGAAAGGGUAAAAGGAGUACAGAUAAGAAAUAGGGAUGAACAUCAUGUACAUAUAACAAAUAAGUUCAGAGAAAGAGAAAGAACAGACUGAUUUGAGAAGAGACAGCUCAGGUGGGGGCUAUCUGCUCCCGGAACUAGACAUAUACGGUCUAAAGUGUCGUUUAAAGCAUCAAGCAUUUCCUGAGUCCAAGUUAGCCAAAAUAUGACACCUUUAAGCUUGAGCCUUGGAAUCAAGAUAAAUUCUGUCACAAUACGCAAUCCUGAUCUUUCUUCAUGUCUUCUAUGCAUCUUGUUAAUAACCCUUUAUUUACUCACACGAUUCAAAGGCCAGUGUUGCCGAUGCUUCUCCUCCUAAGUAGGGCAGGGUGGGGGUUUCUGGGGCUAAUGCGCAUGUAAGGUGUGCGCAUUAGGCCCUCCCCAUAAGGAACCAUUGCCUCAGGACGAAGGAUACCCUAAUGUAGAGCGCGAGGAUGUUCAGUGUCAUUUAGGCAACCUGAAGUCUGUUAACAUCCAGACAGUGCCUCUAGUGGCUUUAGGUUUGUCAGUCAAUGGAUGCAGUCUUAGUCCUGCAAGGAUAUCAUUGCUGUUUCUCUAAAACUGCAAUAAUUUACAUUGCAGGACUAAGAGGGACAGGGACAUUGCACCCACACCUCUUCAAUUAGCUAAAAUGGUCUGGGUGACUAUAGUGUCCCUUUAAUCUGCAACAUCCUCACAAAAUUACAAAAACACCCCCUUGCACCCUUCUACUCGCCCUGACAUUUUCCCCCCAAUGAAUUUCCUAAUAUCCUUGCCCUUUCUAACAAUGGUUAGUAAUCACUUCCAGCCAUAUUUCUCAAAUGAAUCUCCCCAACCAUAUUAUUUCAACCAUAUAUUUGCUCUUGACUUCAUUAAGAUCCCUUGUUAUGUUGUUUCCUGUUCAUCACCCCAUGGCCAGAUCUUUACUUCUCUCCCAAACAAGACAUCUGCAGUUCCAAGGAGAUCCUUCACUAAGUGACAUCAGACAAUAAAUUAUUUGUGCUAUUUGCCCUUGUGGUGUGCAGAGAAUAGUGUUUCUUAAAGCACAUAAUGUCAAACUUUUAUUCUGUGCAAGACCUUGCUGGAUUCCCAUUCUGUCAGUUUUGGAGAAAAAUAUCAGGUUAUUGGUAUAGGUGAGCAUCCGUACUGGAUUACUAAUGGGCUGCGAUCCCUUCACAUACACAAAUAAACUGUCUGUUUGCUGAUGGAACAUGGGACUCCUCGUUUGCAAUGGGCGCAUUCUAUCUGUUUUUGUAAAUGUUGAGGUUAGGAAAGGGGUCUCCAAUAAGCCCUACUCCCAUCAAAAUGUCACCAUCUUUAAGUGGUUUAAUUGCAUGUGCAGUCAGUUGACAGUUGAACUGGCAUUAAACCAGGGCUCAACAAAUCCUAGGUCACCAUGGCAACUAUGAAUAUUGUGAUGGUGCCUGGGAUUUGUCAACUGGUUCCCUCCAAAGUGGGUGGCUGGCUGGCUGAAUGGAGGUGGGCGGGCUACCAGCUGUAGGGAAUGGAGCCAAGCUCUGCAUUAAACCCUUAUUGUAAAGGGUCUUUUAUAAGAUAAUUAUAUUAUCUGUGGCAUGAGACAUGUUUUACUGUCUCUUCUUAUACACGAUUGUCCAUCUACAUGCUUCAAUGGUUGGUACGGUUUUGUAUCUAAAGGCACUAGUUUGGUAUUUUGUUAUAUAGAAAUCAAGCUAUAGUUUCUGUCUUUAGUAGUUCAUUCACAUUAUGUAUAUAUUUAUGUAUAAGAAAAAAUAGGGUUUAUUUUGAUACCUUGUUUGGUACUUGCCAGUUAGACCCUAAUAGUAUGUGUGUGGUGGUGUUUUUGUGUGUUUUAAAAUGUUUUUAUUUUAUUUUAUUCAUAUUAAACUAUAUUUCAAAUAUAAAUUUUUGAUAUGAUCUGAAUUUGACCAUGCUGUCAGAUUUUGGUAAGAUAUGGUACCCGUAGAGAAGAUGAUUACAAGUGAAUGCAGUGUUAGAGGAGAAAUUUUAAAUCUUCAUUGAUUCCUUUGCUAAAUGUAAGCUUUCCAGUAGUCUUAAAGGGAAACUAUAGUGCCUUCUGUCACUUACCCUAUUCCAACGCAGAGGGUCAGCUGGCGGGGGAAACCUAAUGACAUGACCUAAAGUUGCCUAACAAGCUGAAUGUCCAUCUAGUGGACAUCUGGUAGACAGCCACCAGAAAUGGAGUUAACUCUCAAAGGUACUUAUUGCAGUUUAUUAAAAACUGCGUUAAUUACCUUUGCAGGGUUAGAGGACCUAGAAUACUGCACCCACACCACUUCAAUGAGCUGAAGUGGUCUGGGUGCCUAUAGUGUCCCUUUAAAUUGGAGUGGCCAAUGUCUGGUCAGGUUCAAUGCCUGUUCGUGUUGUGUUUUGUUUAAUUUCAAUUUGUGCUUAAAGUGCAUCUGUAUUUUUUUUUCUCCCAGACAGUCCUAGGGUCUUUGAUCCUAAUAUACCCUUAGUCGCUCGUGAGAUCAUGCAGCGAAUGAUUCGACAGUUUGCUGCUGAAUAUACCUCAAAAACUAGCUCUACUCAGGACUCCAGCCAUCCCAACAGCACAAAGAACCAAAGCUUGCCAAAAUUAUCCUCUGGAAAAAGUUCACCACCUCCUGCUACAACUCAGAACCCUGUACUUAGCAAGCUUCUGAUGGCUGACCAAGAUUCUCCUCUAGACCUCACUGUCAAGAAGUCACCUUCUGAAGAACCCUGCGAGCAAGGUAUCUUUGAGUAGUAAUUUCAUUGUUAUAUAGUAUGUAUUCAGAUAUUUUAUUCGGGGAAAUAUGUUAUGUCUGUUUCCAACCUUAGAGUGCUGUGGACUGUGUAUUCUGGUUAAUUUGUGCUUUACAUCUAGGCAAGUUGGUGUAUAUGUAUUAAGUCCCAAAUCUGCCACCCUCCCCAAAAUAAAAAACAAAGGAUAUACAGAAGUAACUUGGGUGCUUCCUAGUGCAUAAAUACAAAGUUCAAUGAAGGAGCACUAACAGGAUUUCUUUUGAAAAGUGUAUUCACAAGUUCCAAAAACUAAAUCAAUGUUUUGACCCACCUGGGUCUUUAUCAAGAUAUGGGAGAAAACAACAGGUGAUAAACUGCUCCACACAGAACUGAAAAAAUCACACGGGUAUACUCAAUCUUAACUAACCCAAUAAUGUGUAAUAACUUACUCUCUCUGGAGUAAAGUGAUUUUGUUUUUCGCUACCAGGGAAACCUCAAAAUAUACACCUAUAUACUUAACUGUCUGUAAAACCAUUGAGACCUAUUACACUGUUUUUUGUUGUAUUUAUUUAUUUUGAGAUUUUUGUGGUACUGAAAUACAAAAGCACUUUACUCCAGAGAGAGUACGUAUAUUCAUAAUUUAUUACACAUUGGGUUACUGUUAAAAUUGAGUAUACCCGUGUGAUUUAUUUUUUCCCCCCAGUUCUGUUUGGCGUGGUUUAUCACCUGUUGUUUUGUUACAUUUCUAUAUCUUACGCAAGGUUUGGGAAUCCUUAUAGAUUUACAGCUGCCUGUUCAUAUUAUAGUGAGCACCUACACCUGCCCUUUUCUGUACACUUUAUCAAGAUAUGUAUAUAACCAUAACCAUCAGUAAACUGGAAUUCUUUGGCAAACCACAGUUCAUUUUCUCACCUGCACUCUUAAGUUUCCAAGUUAUUUAACUUGUCCAUUUAUUAAACUGCACACACCGCACCUGCUAAAAAAAAUAAAAAUCAACAAUGAUUUAUCAGGACUUCAAAUUUCUAGUAGCCAUUAACGAGUGAAUUUUUUUUUUACUGUGACCGUAUGCGGUAGCUUGCAGUGGCGAGUAACUUAAGCCUGGCUUGUAGCAUAGGACUUCAAAUUGUAAGUCCUGGUUUUAUUUGAAUAUGUUUAAACAUAAGCUAUAGUAUCUCUGAACUAUUAGUUGCAUAUAAAUUCGGAGUCAAUUUACUGUCAUGGUGCUCGCAACUUUGUCGUAUUUAAAAGUGCAUUAGAUUUCUUCGAUACAUUGUGCUAUCAGAAAUGUUUGCAAAUUUAUGGAUUUUUAUACAAGGCCCUUUAAUGUUUUGGCCUCUACCCACCCAUCAAUCAAAUCCUCAGCAUUAGACCUAUGUGCUGGUGGCAUAGCGAAAGUGUGUGACAAGAAGGGUUAGAGUACGCUCCCAAAGGCAAUUCACUUGCUUCCUGUCACACUGUUAAUCCCCCAGCAGGUGUUUUUCACAUUUCCUGGGAAAAUACGGGGCACCCAAUGCCAAUGUGUUAAUAUUGAAGCCAGCAUAUUGUUUUCAGCAGUGAGUAUAUCCCAGUUCAGAAUGGUGUCCUCAUAAAGUGUCAGUCACUGCAGACAGGGGAAGACAUUGGAGGGUUGAGGUUGCAGCAUUGUAACGCCCACAUACUCUCUGCGAAUGAUUGCGCUACAACGAGGUAGCAUAUACGUAAUGGCAACUAAACCACAAACACAUUACUUUUUCUGAUAAGUUAUAUUGUUGGUUCUUUGGGAACUGUUACGGCAGACGGUACGUCAAAUGUGUGUUUUAAAAAAUUUUUUGAUUAAAAAGAUAAUGUACGUCAAUAUUAUUUUUUUGGUAUACUACUAAAUAAGUAAUUUCUGUUUUGAUUCUGAAGUUUUGCAAGUUAUAAUCUGAAUAUACAACCUCAUACUUUUUUUUUUUUAAAGUCUUAAUGUGUAUACAUUUGCUUAUUAUAAUUUUCUUUUUUUAUAUAGAUUUUCAACCUUUAUGUAGCUUCCCCCCUCCCCCCCCCAAGUUGUCAAUUUUUCAUAAAAUUAUUAUAAUGAAAAUUCCAUAUUUCUUUUGGUAAUAAGAAUGAUACAUUUAAAAACAACUUUUUUCAAAACAAUGUAAAAAAAAGCUUAAAAAAAAAAAAAAACUCAAUUUUUUCUUAGAAAAAUAAGUCCUCUUUCAAUUAUUUGCAGUGUAGAAAAUAACAGCUUAACACUGGCCUGGAUUAUUGACAGAACCAUAACUGCUAGUUGAUCAGUUCUUAACAACCCUUGGAUAAAAAGGAAUUGCUUCUUUCAGUUUUCAACUUUGAUUUACGUACAUUUUUCAAAUGCACUAAACAUUUACAUUUGUUGUUGAAGACUCUGUAAAUUAUAAUAAUAAUGCAGUUUAAUUUUUUCAUAUUUAAAAAUGGCUAUUCCUGUCUGAAAAAGUAAGCUUUUUAAACAUUUGUUUAAUGUGCCUCUGUUUAUUAGAGCAGUGAGAGGGAUAUAUGUAUUUGCUUUCCCUCAUGUCCGUGUGCACUACCACUUAGUUUCAAAUCAAAAGAAACCACCACUUUAUCCUUUUCAUGCAAGCAAAAUAAUUGUAGAGUGUUUAAACAGUGUUUUUUUUUUUGUUUGUUUGUUUGUUUGUUUGUUUUUUACACGCUUAAGGCUAUUUUAUUUAUUUAAAAAAAAAAAAAAAUUGCAUUUAUGUUCCUACAACACAGUGUUACUAUAUCAGAGUAGGCACAUCUUUUUUUAAAAAAAAAUUGGCUACUAGUGAUGUCCUGAACGGUUCGCCGCGAACUCCUCAUUGAGUAAACUUUGACCCUGUACCUCACAGUCAGCAGACACAUUCCAGCCAAUCUGCAGCAGACUCUUCCACCUCCUGGACAGCAUCCAUUUUACAUUCAUUGUGAAGCUGCAUUCUUAGUGAGCUGUCCAGGAGGUGGGAGGGUCUGGGAGGGAGGGUCUGCUGCUGAUUGGCUGGAAUGUGUCUGCUGACUGUGAGGUAUAGGGUCAAAGUUUACUCAAUGAUGAGUCCGCGGCGAACCGUUCGGGACAUCACUAUUGGCUACAUUUAAAUUGCUUCUGCCUCUGCCUUUACAAAAUAUUGAGGUCAAAAUUCUUUUUGCAAAGGUAAUGGCAGAAAAUGAGGAUAUAGAACUCAAAAAUCAUUCUUGCCCACUCACCGUUGUUUAGUGGAAAUUGAACCCUAAAAUAAAAGUCACUACACAGCAUUUCUGUGCAGCUGCCCAGGUGCAUCUGAGAUUUCAUAGGGAGGCAGAGACAAAAGCCACAUUGUAGCGGAUAUAAGUGUUUGGGUGUUCUGGUUUUCACUGUUCUUUCCUUGGCUGCAUUAUUCUCCCCAUUGAGGCAACAGGUCAUUUCUGCAUACAGUGUGGCAGUCUUUCUGAUUCUUGAUGGCACUUGAAUCAGAGCUUUUACUAGCUGUAUGGAGUGUAGAUUCGUGGAGCUGUGCUAGUUCUGCUCAGCACAACUCUCUGGCAGCUCGUUAUGGAAUAAUUUACAAUGGCACAUUCCUGCCUCCUACGUUGGUAUAUAUCUGCUGACUGGAAUUAGUUAAAGCACACCUCCACUCACCUGUCUUUUGCCACCGGAUACCAGAGAGAGGUUAUUAAAAGGGGCAUUCCAAGUAUCAAUACUUCUAUAGCUUAUUGUAAUGAUUAUGACACAAGCCAUCUAUGGAUGCAGUCUCUCUAGAAACAUCCAACUUCCUUGUUUUCUGUCCGGUAUAUGUAUGUAUGUAUGUAUGUAUGUAUGUAUGUGUGUGUGUGUGUGUGUGUGUGUGUGUAUAUAUAUAUAUAUAUAUAUAUAUCUCCAAAUUGCUAUCACGCCCUAAGCACCAAACGUGCUGCAUCUAUACAAUCCCAUACACCUUUUGUUUUUGUGCUGACUUUGACCUAUCACUGAAAAGAGUUGUUCAGUGUGUAUUGUAUUUAGCAGGCAUUACCAUUCAGAUUUUUUCUUCAUUUCAGCAGAUGGAGUGCUUGACCUGUCCACUAAGAAGAGCCCUUGCUCUGGAAGCACGUCCUUAAGCAUUUCUCAAAGUACCUCAAACACUAUAGGGAAUGGGUAAGAAAAAUAUAAACCUGCUUCUUCUCCUUUUUUUUUUUUUUUUCCCUAUCUGCAAAUUCAUUGGUUUCUAAAAUGAUUCUUUAAUCUUUCCAGGGUAAAUCUUUGUGCAUAAGCAAUCCAUGAUCCUCUCAUUAUUCAAUAAAAUUCAACUUUCAGUAAAGUGUUCAUUAAAAUCAUUCUAUAUAUAAUUUUUUUCUUCUACAUUCAUUCUGCAAAAUUUUAAAUUUAUCACACUAUUCUGCUGAAUCUUAGAAGAGAUGUUGGUUGCUUAACUUUGGUACUGAAAUGACUUGAGUAUAUCUGGCUUGGAUGUAGAAUUGUUAUUGAUCUUUACAGACUAUAUGACAAUUCCAGAUUAAAUGUGUUAAAUAACUUUAGCUGGUGUGGUUUUAGUACCCAAGAGUAAAUUAAAUUUUGUAAUGGAAUGUAAUCCUAGUGCACUAAAAAAUAAAUAAAAAAAAACAUUGAUUUAUACUAGUUUUGCACUUUAAUUAGGUUAUUUGAUUUUUACUAAUUGUGUAUUUUGUAAAUAACAUCAAAAAUAAUAUGAAUACCAAUAAUGGAAUAAAUGUGCCUCAUUUUACCUUUCAGUUAUGAAAUUCAUGACAAGUUAACCUAAUUAGAUAUCAAAAUGUUUGUAAAUGACAAAACAGUAGUUUUCUCUUAAUUCAAUUUGCAGUGCUGUUGUAAUUGCAGCAGCAACCAUUCAGUAAGAAAUAUGCUUUAAAUGGCUUUAUUCUGUAAAGUACUUUUACAUUUAUUGGCUUCACACCGUUAUGGUACACGUAUACAAUUUUCUAAACUUUAUGGUUGCCCUAAUUGGAGUGGUGCAAACAAAUUCAAAAUCAAAUCCUGAUUGUGUUAAAUGACUAGAAUUUCUGUCUGGAUUUCAUACUUCCAUUUUAUACAAGCUUUGAGAGUUUCCACCUUUAUCCUUAUUCUUAGUAAUUCUUGAGUCUUGGAAUUUCACACUUUUAAUGUGUAAUGUAGGUUCAAAUGAGGCACAAGGGGGAUGGGUUUAAUUAGGUCUUCAGAAAGUGAUGGAUGGGGUAAUUGUAUAUUAAGAAAACAGUGAUUUUUAAAACGGUACUGCAUGCAAAAUAAAUUCAGUGCAAAAAGUAGGGUUUCUGUAUGAUUGUGCAAACACUUUCAUUAGUCAUUCUUCAUAUAAGAAUAUGAUGUUCACACUUUGUUCUUGAGUUGUGAUUUUAAUAUUCUGUUUGCUUGUUUCUAUGUUGAAUGUAGUGCUCCCUUCCUGGGUUUGGCUUAUCUCUGUACAAUUAAUGUUUUAGUAGGUUCUUGGUGAUGUUUCUAAUUUGAAAUGGGUUUGUUUUGCUGUAUGAUUAUCUUGUAUGAAGGAAACAAUCAUAACUUCAUUGCAAGUGUCAAAUCAGUUUAGUUACUUUUAAAGUGCUUUAAUGUUUAGGAGUAUUUUGAUUUCUAUUGUGGGUUUUGAUAACCCUUGUAAAAUUUAAUUUUGAAACUACUAUAUAUUACUUUAAAACAUAGCUGAUCAUUAUUCUGGGAUAAUCAAAUUAUCAUGUGAAUCAUACUUUUUGCCAUCCCUCAAAUCCCACAUUCAAAAGAGAAAAAAUGGUCUGAAAUCUUUAAUAUUUACAAACUAUUCUAAAAAAAAAAUUCUAUUCUAUGUAGUCAUUUAAAUUUUAAUAACCUCUCUAUAAGCCUCUGCUUGCCAUUAAGAGAUGUUGGAAAGUUUUUGUUAAUUGCCAUUUGGCUUAGACAAUUGCAGGCCAUUUUUUCUCUGCAUUUUAUCAUUUCGAUGAUCAAUGUCAAUUUAUAUCUAGCUCUUUCUGUAAGCUGCAGUGUGAUAAGCCACAAAUCUUGCCAAUUACAGGUGGUGUUUGUUUAUUUUUCUAUCCUCUCACUAUUUAAUAAUGUUAAUAAACACUAUGUCUAGCUUGUUUUAAUAGAUUUCAUCCUUUACCAAGUGGCUUACUCUUUUAUUACUGUACUUGUUUAGUGGUAACGUCACAUUAAUCAAUUGUGCCUACACCUAAAGGGAUUGACUGCAUUGUAAUUCAUAGCUAAGGUGCCAUUUACAGACUGUUGCGCUAGACCUAUUUCUACUACCAGAAUUUGUGAACCCAACCAAAGACCAACUGACAGAUUUUUACUUUUUGUUGUCCAAACGUUUCUUUUUUUGUGAUUUUAAUUUUUAUUUAUGUAUUUAUUUUAAUUUUUUUUUAUAAGUGACACUGAUGCUGAGACAAAAAAAAAAAUUUAUAAUACUAAAAAGUGAUGUUACCCAAGCAAGGCCUUCUAAUAAAGGAGUGGCCCCUUCACCCAUACCUCCCUACCUGUGCAAGUUCUGCUCACAUCAGUUUCCUUCCAUCCAAUUAGGCGACCUGGGAGACCCAGCCAGCACCGUCCAGAUGGACUUCCGCGGAGUGGUGAUGGGGUGCCUCCAAGAAGUUUGAUGGAUGGAACCAGGGAAACUUAUGGCCACUCCGCAACUCUAAAAGUGCCAUUGGCUCGCUCACUGCAGAUUAGUGAGGAACUGCUUAGCAGGAAACCAUUUUCUACAGCUGCCAGCCAUGGUUCCACUGGACUGCAGAAUCACGGACAGCACUUAAUCCUUUCCAGAGAGGCUUCUUGGGCAAAGCCUCACUAUGAAUUAAAUUUUGGCCGUAUGAAAUAUAGGGGUAAUGGUGCACUCAGCAACAUCAGUGACCUGCCUUUUCUCUCAGAAAAUGCAAAUGCCUAUCCAAAAAACACUCAGCAUAAAAAUGAUGUUAAAAAGGAAAUGGGCCUUUCUUCUCCAGUUGAUUUAAAAAUUCCACAGGUCCGUGGCAUGGACCUCUCUUGGGAGUCCCGUAGUGGGGAUCUGUACAAUUACAACUCUUUGGUAAUGGGUUCACAAACGGAGAGCGCACUUAGCAAAAAAUUAAGGACUAUCCUUCCAAAGCAAAAUAGGAGAAAUUUACUGGAUACUACUGCGGAUUCCUGGAGCUCAGAUGUUGAGCAGUCUACCUCUGGACAGCCAUAUCCCAACUCUGAUCAAGAAGGGGACCCAGGCUCUAAGCAACCAAGAAAAAAGCGAGGCAGAUACAGACAAUAUAACAGUGAGAUUUUGGAGGAAGCAAUUUCUGUUGUCAUGAAUGGAAAAAUGAGUGUUUCAAAAGCUCAGAGCAUUUAUGGGAUUCCCCAUAGCACAUUGGAAUACAAAGUCAAAGAGAGGCUAGGCACACUAAAAAACCCUCCAAAGAAAAAAAUGAAAUUGAUGAGAUUGGAGGAUCAAGAUAUUGCAGUAAAAAGUGAACUGGAACCUCAGGAAGAGGUGGAGGCAUCGCAAAGUGCAAAUGAAUCUAAAGAUGAAUAGGCAUGCAGUAGAGUGCCAAUGUUAUAAUAUGAGGUGUAUUUACCUGGGCGAGCACUUGUGUUAAUACACAGUACACAUAACACCUAUUUAUUUAAAUGUGAAACUCAUUUGAAGUCUUUUAAUUGACUUGUAAGACAAAAUAUCAGACGGGUGUACAAGAUGUGCUCCUAAUUGUGUAACUUUGUACAUUAGUCAUGCCCAGUAUAACACUAGAAUAUUUUGUUUGGCCUUUACGCAUGCUUUUUCUUUUCUUUUCUUUUUUCUUCUAAACUUAGAAAAUUGUUACCUCAGCAGGAGAACCUAUACAUGUAAAUAUGGACUCGUUGCUAUUAGAGCCUGCAUGUAUUGUGUUCUUUGUAUCUAUUUUUAAUCCUUGAACACAAGUCCACUUUAUCGUCAAUUUCAGGAUUUACUUAACAUACAACCAAUGUUUAGAGAAAUAAUUUAUACACCUUCAUGAAACAAUACAAUUCAUCUACAGUCUGAUUUUAAGUAUUUAUACCAAAAUGAAUCUUUCUUUAAGAAAAAAAAAAACAAAAUAUGCCCCAAAAAAUAUUUUGGAGAUUGCUAAAUUUUUUGGAAACUGCAAGCUAUAAAAAGGCUUUAGUUCAGGAUAGGAAUGUGCCAAGUGCACAAAAUAUGGGUGAAAGCCUUCAGGGCUUUAUAACGACCACCUAUGAGAGAGUAUUAUGCGAGAGCUUUACAUUUCAUAUAUCUAGAGGAUUUUCUGAGUAAGACAAUAUUUGUCUUGUUCAGGGACAAAAAUGUGGAAAGAUUAGAAAGAUUUGUGUAGGGGGAAUAAGUACACAUACCCGGAAAGCACUCCAGCAAAAACCAUGCAAAAUAUUAUGUACUAGGAAAUACAACUAGACUCGUAAGUGGUUUAGAUAGUGAUUUGAAAAAAUUAGAAUUACUACUCACUGCUUCUUUUUUUUUUUUUUUUUUUAUGUUUGUAGAAGAUUUUGGCAUACAUGCCAUUUUAUGCACAGGGAGGACGGGUGUACACACUACCUUCAAACUUGUCAGUAAUCGGUUUUAAACACUACCUGCUCAUCAGCUCUGUGAAUCGUUGGGGGUUUUAUUUAGACAAAGUAGCCUUAUCACAAAACUAGCACACAGUUUGUGGUUUCUUUUUUGUUGUUUUUUUUCCCCUCCUCUAUGCUAUAGCAGAUACUUAAUUUCCGUAAAUAUAUGUGUGAAUGGCCAGGGUUUGGGGAUGUAUACCCACACACAAACACUGUGUGUAUGUAUAUAGACAGAGGCUGGACAUUUCUUCUCACACUCUUUUUGCGACAUGUAAGAACAUCUAAUAGAAGUGAGCCACCAUCAUUUUUUUUCCCAUAUGAAUAAGUGUGAUGGGCUAAUAUUUUUUUAAAUAUUAUUUUUUUUUUUUGGUAACUUUGUGAUACAUUUUUUCCAGUCCUGUGUGUUUUGUGUUUAUCCUUAUCCUCUCCUUUUAAGUGUGCUAUCUAACUUGUGUAAUUUCAGAUAAAGGGAGGUAUAAACUGUGACUUUUUUUUUUUCUUGUGCAUAUUUUUCUAUAACAGUAUGACCUCAUUGUGCUUCAUAGUUUCAAGAAUGAAGGUUUCUUAUUUUUAGCAAAUAUGUUUUCAAUUGAUUUUUACAUACAUUUGAAACUACAUAGGUCUAAUGCAUGUAUGGUUUAAGAUGUAGCAAGAUAUGCUACAGAUGCUUAGAUUAUGCCACGUGCUCUAUCUUCAGGUAAUUUACGUUCUUUUAGAAGCACUCCAUGAACCAAGCAGUUUUAUAGAUUUUAUGUCCUUUGAGAUAUCUUCAGUGUAUGAAGAUAUUUCUGUCUUACAGCAAAAAGUCCUCAAAACCAACAUUCAAUUUUGCAAGGCUUCUUGCAAAUUAGUCAGGGGUGAAUAAUAGAGUAGAUUUGCUCUCUUAAAUGACGCUCCCACCGGAAAUACUUUCCUGUCCCAGUUUCCAGGGAAACUCCUACUAUGAGGGGAGAAAGGUAAUCUUACCAGUUACUGGAGCUGGAUUAGGGAAAAAAAUAGCUUUCGCGUCCAUUAGGUGUCAAGGAAUAUUAGCAGGUUUUGGUGUAAAGUGAGCUGCACUUCAUUUCACUCCUUGACACCCAAACUGGUAAUUACAGUUUCAACUCUGCAAUGAGCUAUCAUACUCCAAGUGUCCAGGUCAAAAAUGGCAAGUUGCCAGGUAUGGAUGUACUUUAUAGGCAAUUUUCUAUGUAAAUUGUUUUGGGUUAUAUUUUAUCAAAGGCAGCCUGUGUUGCUACUGUAGCUCUGCACUGUUUGGGUUAAACCUAUUUUGGCUGUAUGUUUUUCUCAUUCCUUAAUUGGAAACAUUAAAGGGUGGGUGCACCUUAGGUCUUAAAUUAAUGUAUGUAACACAACAUCUGAAUUUAAUAUUGGGCAAAAAUAUUAGAAAACACUUACUGACAUGUUCUUUUAAUCUUGUUACCUGUUUAUGUAUGGGGAGGGGGGUUGCUAAGCGUACUAAUGCAUUCUUAAAUGGGAUUGCAAUUAACUAUAUUUGAAUUUAAAAUUCUUGACUAUUGGUAUGCAUUGUGUAUACAUGAAAUAUCUCCAUGUUUCUAAUUUAUUAAUUUUUUUUUUUCUCCUCCCUACUUUUCAUCUGAAUUGUUACCAAAAGAUUACAACAGAGUGGGUUGUUAUGGUGUGCUUACCCUUUAAUGUUGCUGUUAUAUAUGUGUAAUAUAUAGAGAUUUUAGACAGGGAGUUGUAAAUAGUAAUAUACUUUUUUCAUAAUUUAGAAUACUUAAAUAGCCCUAAGACCUGAAGAUUGUAUUAUUUCAUCUAAAAUUGUAAACAUUCCACUAGAGAUCUGUGACUUAACUUUCAGGUAUCCACUCUUUACAGAAAUGGGUUUGAGCAAUGAACGAGCAUGAUCAUUUCCUCCAAACUUCACUUGUUUUGUAUAGUAAAAUGUGGGGGUUACAUUUAAAGCACUAAUUGCAUUGAUAAUUGCAAUAGAAACUAGCCAUUUGCAGUUUUGUUUUUUUUUUAACUUAUUUUUUUGUGUAUGAGACAUGGGUUUAGAUUAGUGGUCCCUUAAAUAUUUCAGGGAAGGGCGCUGUUGAAUAAUUUAAAGAGAUUUAUAUUUAGGAUUUUUUUUUAUUUUUUUUUUAAGUUUCAGACUAAAACUCAAGUGCACCUUUUUAAUACUAACAUAUAUUGGUAAUUCCCACAAAUGGUCUCCCCUCCCCUUCAUUGACAAAUGCCCCAAAACAUUUAUAUAUAUAUAUAUAUAUAUAUAUAUAUAUAUAUAUUGUUCCUCCUUCCAAGCUCACCCUAUACUUGUUACUGUGCUGGGUAGUCCUGGCUUUGUAUUCUUGUGAAGCUUAUGAAGACUCACAACUAUCCCUCUCUUAGGUAUCAUUGGAUUAUGGCAUCAGAAUUAUAGCAGUAUUUGACUGUAAAUGAUAUGCCCAAAGUGAGUAAUAAUACUGGGAUAAGGAAUUUGCCAAUAAAAUUGCCCUACUAACAGUCAGAAUAAAGUUUAGUUUUAUUAACAUGUAAAUAGGAGUGUUAACUGAAAUAUGCAAUGCUUUGGCAACAAUUGAAUGGUUUAAGAUGUAUCAAACCGUUGCACAGCCCUUCAUUUUCUACCUGAAAGGACAUUUCCUAUAUUGCCAUGAUGGUAAAACUGGUGUGGAUAAAACCUGUUUCUAUUGAAAAUCAAAAUGUAAUUUGCUACCAAAAAGGUUUUUUUUUGUUUGGUUUUUUUUCAUUAUUAUUUCAACAAAAUCUACCUUUUUCUGUGUAAUUUUAACGUAAUUUAAACAUUAACCUCAAUGCUUGUUGUAGGCAAGGAAAAUCUACAAAUUAGAAAUUCCAUCUGAUGCAGAGCGGUCUCUUCAAAGGAUUUAUUAACUCUUAUGCUGCAUUUUAUUUAGCGAACUUGUUAAUCUGUAGAUCAGGUUUUAGUUAUAUUUUGUUUUGUUCUCCUAACAAUCAUAUGUUUUUGCAGUGAAUAAGACUUGAAAGUACCUCUUUCAAAAUGUCCUGCAACAAGAAGUCAUGGGAGGUUUUUCUUUAGCAGGACUGCUCAGUCAAAUUUUGUAUAUAUUUUGUCCUCUACUAUGUCACUUUUGUUGGAUUUUUUUCUGUUUAGAUCAGUAAAGUUGAAUUAUUUUUAUGUACAGGAAAAAAAAUCCAUACCUCAAAGCUGACUUUAUUUUUAAACUGGUAGGUUAGGUUUAGUUUGAGAGAACAAGUAAUGGAAUAAAAAAAGCAAAAAAAUAUAUAAAAAAAAUAAGGGAGAGCAGUGCAAUUUCAAUAAAGCCGUUUUUAUGACAGAGCCAUAUACAGGCAGGGGGAAUGUAUUGCUGUGUCACUGAAUUGUCUAGUGUUUAAAUAUUGGCGCAUCAGCUCAUCCUCUUGGUUAUGAAUUAUUGAUUUUGUUUGUUAUAUACAUACUGGUUGGAAUUCAAAAUGCGUAUCAAACAAUUGGCAAAGAUUGCUACAUGUGCUGUCAAAUGAUGUUUGACAACUAUUAUAGCUUAAGUCUUUGUGUAAUUAAUUUCAGUGACCCAUUAUAUAUAUAGUCUCUCAACCCCCCAAAUCUCCAGUAUGACUUAAAGCAAAUUUAAUUACAGAAGGCAGGGAUAUUUGAAUAUACAUGCCCUAUUGUCCAAAAUAGUUCAUAGCUGUUCUUCUCCGUAUUCUCUCACUCUCCCCCAUUUGCCUUUGUAUUCUAAAUACACAAUGGUAUAUUACAUUUUGUUCAUUUUUUUAUUUUUAUAUAUCGCCAUACUAGAUUUGUACAUUUUGCAGCCUUUCCUAGCAUAUCUUUGUAAAGGCUUUCCAAGAACACACUUUUAGAAAGCACUUGACAGCCUGAACCUAUAGGAUAGCAUGAUGUAUAAGCACUUCUGUAAUUGCAUUAACCCUUUUCAUUAAAUAGGCACAGUGAACCACACUUUAAAAAAGUACUUACAAAUUGAAAUAGAUUUUUAAUUUUGACUUUGAAUUCUCUUCCUAUUUAAAUGAAAUUGCUGAAAUUCGUUUUCUCUCCUGGUAGUUAAGUAUUUGCAGUAUUCAUGCUCAAUUGAAGCGUUCUCCUGCAGUAAAUAAUCCUGGGGUUUAAGAACCCCUAUUUUAUACAUGAGAGAAAUAAAUUCCAUUUUGCCAAUGUUUUGGCUCUAUUUUUUUAUUUUAUUCACAAAGCAAAAUGAGGAAUACUGUAUCUAAAACCAGCAUACAAUAUAUGAGAUUGCUGUAGUAUUUCUAGCCCACGAAUACAUUCAAUUCUACUUUUACAAAUUUUUCAGGAUAAUUUAUUUAUAUAACAGGCAGUUUGCCCUCUUAUGUCAUUUUUAAAAGAUGUUAUUUCCAACGCCCAUUUACUGCAAUGUAAUGGGUCGUACGUGUACAGCGGCUUUCUGCUGCUAAGAGAUAAAUGAUUGUUUUUAAAUAUAUCUUUAUGUUCUAACAUAACUUGUAACCUCUGCUUCUGGGUUUUCUGGGAUUGCUUUUACUGUUCAGUCUGCAUUAUUAGACUUAGAACUUCAACAUACGUUCACACUGCGUUAAACCCUCAGGGACAGUCUUCACACUACUCUCACUCAAUUCAGGUACUUGUACUCUAUUCUUAAACUUAGCAGUGACUUGUGUUUUUGUUUUGAUUUCUUUUGUGUGUUUUUUUUUCUUUCCUUUUUAAUGUGCUUGUAGCACAUCCUUGAUGAAUGUCAAGUUUAAAACUCACUUCAGGUAUCCAGGUAUAACUCAGCCAAACGGAUUUAAAAGCUGCAUAUUAACUCUUCAGCACACAGUGCCUCAGACACUUAUAGUGGCAUUCUGUAUACUCAGUUGUUACUACUGAACCGAUAGCAGGGGGUUCCUGUUUUCAAAUUAUAUGUUAACAAAUACACAGCCUACGCUUUCAAUUUAAAUGUUUCUUAGGAGUACAACUUGCUAACUGUUCACACUUCAAAUCUUGCUUGAUUGGAUUUAUAAGUAAAAUGUUUUGGCCAAAGCUAAAAACAAAAUGUUCGAAUUGUAGAAGACUAAGGCCUAAGGGUUAGUAAUUGCUUAAAAUAAAUGGUGUUUAUUUUAAACUGUACAAAGAAAAUGUUCAUGCAUUUAAUACCAUACAUAUAUUGUACUGUGUAAAAGUUUAUACCGUAUGAAAUUCUAAAUUCACACUAAAGCCAUUUGGCCAGUAAGAGAGGGGAAAUGACUACUUCUGUCAUUAGUUUAUUCUCCCAUUAGUAACAUGAUCUGCAACAUAUAGAAGACAUUAUCUUGCUCUCUCCUUCCCUUUGUCUGGCAUAUCAGUUGAGGGAGAAGGGCAUAUAGUUCUAUGCAUGAAAUUCAGUUUCACAAUAAAUUGUUGCUAGACUGUCAGGGUUAUUCGCUACACUGAAUUUGUGGAGAACUGCAAUUUUUAGGGCAUUUCUCUUUUGCCCAGAUUAAAAAUAAAACCUAAAUUUGUUCUGGAUUUUGACUUCUGCCAUUUCUAGAUAAAGCGGUCAAAGGGCAAAACAAAACAGAAGUUACUCUGCAAAUUUGUUUUACUUGUUGGAAUACAAAUGUUAUCAUGCUCAGUGAGAUUCUGGCUUAGGACAGGCUAUAGAUACCAGAACAACUACAUUAAGCAGUAGUUCUGGUGACUAUCAUGGUCCUUUUAAAAUAUACAUCUGAAUAUAACUUCAUCCUCAUCCAUUAGUUUCCUUUCUAUUGGACACAUAAUACUUAAAAACAACACUAAAAUAUGAAUUUGUUUUAUUUUUCUUGAAUUCCCCUGUAAUCUCACGUUGUUUAACCAAGUGGUUGCAGUGCAGAAUCUUAUGGUAGUGUGCCCCCUCUCCCCUCCUUAAACUGUUCUUAGUUUUUACCUUUUUAACCGAAACAUGGUCUCUCCCAGUGUUUAAAGAUGACUGGGUCUGCUACAGUUCAGCAAAAAAAAACCUGAAGUGAUUCUCAGUCUAUUUAAAUAGGCACUGUUUUAGAGAAGAAAUUAUUUGAGUGACUGCAUAGAUUAACAUCUGUAAUUAAAGCUUGUAUGCGGACUAGCUGCUCUCUAAACUCAAUGCAAGAAGAAUUCAGCACAUAGUUACUGGCCUAAAAAUGCAAGAUCCCCUUUUUUGUGCUUGUAUAUGAACUACAUUUAUUUUGAAGCAAUACUGUCCCUUUAAGGUUAAUUGAUAUAUACAUUUUUAGAUUAUUAAUUUUAUGUUAAAUUAAUCCAUUCAAAUAAUAUGUAAAGGGUUGUUUUUUGUGUAUAUUUAAAAGUAUACACGCAAUACUUUCAUUGAUUUCAUAGAGUUACAGGAAAAUAAAUUAUAAUGUGGUGGCAACUCUCGUUCUAUAUUUGUACUCCUUUUAUGUUUAAGUACCUCAGUAGCAUAUGUCCUAUUAACUUAAAUAUUUGGGGGGGAAAUACAGGAACCCCCUAACCUCUUGUUGACCUCAUUUCAAUAUACUGUUUACAGUUUGACAGAAUUGUAUAAUUUAAUAUUUCUCUUGUACUGUAGUUUUUUUUUAUUUAUUUACAGAUUUUUUUUGUACUGUGUGAUUUGAACUUUUUUGUUCUUGCUAUGAUCAAUGUCUUAUGUAGUAGAGCACUUAUGAUCACAAUUAUUAUUUUUAUUUUUUUUGAUUGCACUACAUAAUUUUUUUUUAAUGCAGUUCUGAUUUUGACUGGACUAAAUAAGAUGUCUUAAUGUAUGUGAUAAGUACUUUAAAUUUUGAAAAUCCAUGUGGUUCAUUUUAUUAAAUUCUUUUGGCAUUGUAUGUUGAAAGCGCUGAUUCUCUUGUCGUGCAUGUGUAAAAAUUAAUGGUUCCAUUGUAUAAUUUGACCAUGUCAUUGGAAAGCCAACAAGAUACAUUCCCAGCUGUAACGUUGUGUAUGGUAGUUCUCACUGGAUGCUAGACUUUUCAAAACCACUAUUCUUCUAAUAAAUUUGAUGUGAAAAUGUUUUGCAAAGUUUCUUCCUUUAAUAUUCGCAUGCACCGAAUUACAACAAUUUCAAUUCAUAAAUUUGACAAUUGGCAUCUCCCAUCACAGUCAUGUGAAAGUUGCUUUGUAGGUUAUCAACAUUUUCUAUUCCACUUUAGUUAUCGCCUCAUGUGCAGUUGGGACCUUCAAUGCCAAAUUGUGAGUAUUUAGCAGUGGGCUCUUUGCAAUAUGACUCGUUUGCCAAAAAAGGUGAAAAUGCUUGAUGAAGGAUAGUGGUAUUUAGGGGUUAGUCUGCAAUGUCUCUUUAGACUUACAGGGUUCAGUGAUGUAUGAUGUUAAUAGAUGUUUUUCAAAUAUAUUAUUUUUCAAGUAUACUUUUAGAAGGAAACCCUAUUGGAUAUCUAGCUGGUUUGAAAAAAAAAAAAUUGAUCACUUUUAAUGGCCUAUAGUCAACGUGUCCAACAUAACUUCAGUGUAACUCGCUUUCAAUAUUUAAAACUAGACUGCCUAUAAAGUGCCACACUUUGAGAGAUUGUCAUGAAGAAGUAAUGCAAAUAAUUGGUAAGCAGUGAUAUGAGUAUUAUCUUGAGUAGAUCAAGUUGGAUACAGCAAAACUGAAAUAAACUGAUUAAUUUUACAUAUAGCAUGUCACACAAAACUUUUUUUAUCUGGGGAAAAAAACAAACAAACAAACAAAUGUGUGUGUACAGAAAAAGAUAAGGAAAGUAUAAUCGAACCAAUGCAUGGCAAAAUGUUUUCAGGAUUAGUUAGAAGUGAAAUUGGUGAUUUUAAGUAUUCUCUAUUGGCAUGGAGGUAAGUAAAUAAAAACACAUCCUUUGCAAUUCUGUGUUCAGGACAGCUUUGCUUCCUGCAUUAUCUUGGGCUCACAUAUGCACAAUUAAAUUAUGUAGUAAUUUAGUAUAAUUGCAAUACAGGUGCAUACCACUUUAGGCUUACCUUUAUUAGUGCUGUACGUGUGCAUGGAACAGCAGGUGUUAACUCACAUGCCAUGGCCAGACAUAGGAGUAGGGGAUGUACAUUUAAAAUAAAUAUAAAAAUCACAACCAAUAACAAACUUUUCAAGUUGGCUUUUGCUUGUUCAUAAAUCUCAAUACAAUAUUAACUUAAAUAAAUCCUCAGGGCCAAGUGUGACACAAGUUGUAGCAAAAAGUUUUUGUUUUUUAAACUAAGGUUAACUUUACAAAUGUAGAAUAUGCAGGAAUAUUGUAUAAAUAUCCCUGUUUUUUGUUUUUGUUUUUUUUUUAUCAAAAUGUGAUUGUAUGUAUAUGCUUGAAUAUUUGUAUGCUUACUAUUUGUGUGUGUGUGUUUACGUAGCAAUUUGUGUACCUUCUAGUUCUUUCCUCAAGUAGACCUCUCUUUAAUAAGUUUAAGUUUUAGGGACAUUGAAGGUCACAUGUUUGUUUACAGAUGACCCUAAUUUCAGUAAAUUAAUCUAGUCUGAGCAGUGCUAAAACAGAAGAAUAUUUAUAAGAGGACAGGAAAGUUUUAAGCAGAUUCCCCUGUUUGAAUGCUGAUUCCAUAUUGCCCAUAUAUUUUGUUUUGUGAGCUUUCGGUUCAGAACUACUUGGGAAUGGUGAUUUUCUUUUUGUUCUGAAAUCUUUUGGAUGUCAUUUUUAGAAUGAAGAGUGCCUUUAGGAAUCAAUUCACUUGUCAAGCAGCCUCAAUUAGCUAGCUAAAAAGUUAUGUGUAGGUCUUAUUGUGAAUGAAACUACCCGAGACAGAUGGCUACGUACCUGUUAUCUGUUCUGAUAUUUAAGUGAUGUGCCCUGUACCAGCUACCCAUUGGGUGCACCAGGAUUAAGGCUCUGCUACUUCCUUAGAUUUGUAAAUGUUGGAUAUUCAGAGGCCUGUAUCCUUUUUGGCUAGUUCUAUGGAAAAUCUAUACAUAUAUAAUGGUCUCUUUAGUUAGCUGACAACCAUUUCUGUUCUGUGUUUAGUGCCUCUACCCCUAUCUGGUGAUUGGAACUCCUAAAACACCUCCAAAUCAUGCUGAAGGGGCCUGUGAUUUGAGAACGGUGGACUGAGUUACCUUUAGUCUUUCAGAAACCUUCCAGAGUAAGGCAGUGCUCUAGUAACCUCUGUGUUGCAAUCUUUUGUUUUGGCUUUCUGUGUUGAUGAAACUGCCUUACUUCGGCACAUUCACAUAGGCAGUGAACAUUAUCUUGCAAACAUCAAUUACAAGGAAGUCAUGUCGUCCAGUUCUCCCCAUCAACAGACAAAUGGCGUACAUCAAUAUAAAAAAAAGCAAGAACAUCAAUCCUCUCGUUCACCUUCUCUAUGAACAGGUUCCCUAUGCCCUAAAUUAUAUACACCGGUCACUGGGGCUGGCGGGAGUCAUGACCCACGAUGAUGAGAGAUUUUAUAUUGGUUAAUUAACUUUGGUAAUCUAUUGGAUAACCAGACAUAAAUGGAGGUACAUCCACCUUGAGACAUUACUGAGUAAUGUAGGAAGGUAUUUGGUAAGUACUCUACUUACGUGCAAAUAAAACAACCUUUUAAGAGUUUUCUUUUGUGUGAAUACAGAGCAUUACUUCUUUAACCUCCCAACAGAUGUUAGGUGUAUAGUAAUAUUUAUGUUGUACAAUAAUUAAUUGCUCUUCUAAUUUUUUAUUUUUUAUAUUUUUUUUUUCUUUCUAUUUUUUUCUAGAAUGGAACAUACUGGUAGAAUCGCCAUAGAUGGCAAGAAUUGUACAGCUGUAACACUGGAAAAGUUCAUGGACAAGUUGUGUGCACAUCACCAGACACAGUUUACACAUGUGUUAAACAGUUUAUGCACUGAAAAGCAGUUGUCUUCACCUGAAGCAAGUACUUCAAGUUCUGAUGGCAAAAGCAAUGGGUGCACCUGUUUUGUAAGCAAAUCUAAUGGUUUAUCAGUAUUUGGGUUACAUAUAUCAGAUUCUCAAGCGAUUCCAGCUCCAACUCAGCAACCAGUUAUUGCAAUGACUGAUCCCAAUUGUAUGGAUAAAGUACUACACACCCAUAGUCCUUGUGAACAGUAUUCUCCUGAUUUGUUGAAGCAGUCCUCCAUGUCAGAUAUGUCGGUUAGCAGUUGCAUUACCCCUGCAAACUGUGCAUCUGUACACAGAAAUGUGUAUUUUAAAGAACAGGAAAAAACUGCUCUAUCUCUGGAGGGGGAUGUAGUUAUGAGCCCUAAAAAACCUAUUAUUGUAAAUAAAAAUGAAAAUGUUCAUGAUUCGGCAUACACUUCAGACAUGCCUAGAGCUGCCGAACAAGCAAAUGAUCCAUAUGAAUAUGACGUUAUAGAAUAUAGUGAAAGCUCUUUAUGCAAUAUAUUUCUAAGCAAAGCAAUAGAUCAAGUGAAGGAUUUUCAGGAUCAUAACACAAAUUCAGUCCCCGCUGAGCAAAAGCCAGUAUUAAAUGAAUCUAUGCAAACUUUAAAAUCAACUCCAGCUUUUGUAGGUGGUUGUCAUAAAGCAUGUGAUGUAGUUAACAUUGAUCAACCAAAGUCAGACUCCAACUCUGAAAAUCAAAAGGAUUUAGUGUGUUCUCAAAAACCAGCAAUGGAAAGUGCUAGAGGAUGCCUUGUUAUUGAGGAAUUCUGUGAGUUUUCAACUAUUGGUACAUUGGGUAAAAAUUCUAAUGGUAAUGAACUGGCUAAUUGUGCCAUUGAAACUUCUGAAGCAUUCUCAAGUCCUAAAUGUGAAAUUGUUUCAGAGACUUCGUCAGUGGAUGUUGCGUCAUUUGUUCCAAAAGAGACGCAUGUAGAAAUAAAUCAAUUUACGACUUCACAGCUGACCAUUACUGAUAACCCUGACUACCCAUCACCCACUACUCAGAAGGCAUGUGCCUCUGAAACUUUGCUUGCCCUGGUGUCUCCGAUCCAAGAAAAAAAAGAAACAUCUGCACACUGUGUUUUAUCUGAUGCUGAAAACACUGCAAAUAGACCUGAAGGCAUUCUUAAACCGACAAAUAAAAUGGGUCCUGUGAUAGACUGCGUGAGUUCUUUAUGUGUAAAAGGUAACUCACUCUUUGAUACAGAUUUUAAAAGUUCUCUUGUAAGCCAUGCAGAAGGACCCGUAUCUCCAUCAGUGGAUGUAGACAUCGAGCUUUGUGUUGAAAAGAAAACCAUGUUAACCAAAUAUGUUAAAGCAACUGAUGAACAAUGCCCUUUAAAUAUAGUUUCAAAAAAGCAUUUAUCUCUAGAAGACUCUUCUGAGGUUUCCUCUCCUGCAUCUACGUUAUUUUAUCUCUCAAAUGAAACUGAUUUUACAGAAGGAGGCCAUUGUCCUGCUUGUCAAUCUCAUUUACGUGAAUCAGAGAUUAUGGCUCAUAAUGAGACUUGUUUUGUCCUAAAGAACUUGAAAACUGAAGAUGUUAAAUCAUCAUCUUCAAGUAGCAUAUGUGUAGAUUACUGGUCAGAUAAAAGCCCAACAGAACUACCAAAUCUUAAAUUCACUCGAGCAUUAAAUAGUUUUGUAAAACACUCUGUUAAUUUGGACCUGGACAUAUCUGUAGAAUCUGUGGUUAAAGAGAGCAGACAAACCAUCGGUGCAGAUUCUUUCCUCGUGGAGCCAUCCGUCAAGAAGUUUCCUUCAUGCUCUUCAGAUAAAUUUGGUAAUUCCAAUAGUUUAACACCUCAAAAUGAAAUUUUAAAAUGUUCAAGACAAUUUGAUCUUUGUGAUAACAAUGGUGUCACAACUACAGUUAAGGACGAAUAUUUUAAUGAUCUACAAACUGAUCAUGAUCAGAUUACCGUGGAAAUAGAAGAGAAAGCUUCUUUAGAUGUGCAGAAAUGGCAUCAUGCUUCACUGUUAGAUCUGGACAAUGAAGUAGUAGAAAAGUCAUUAGUAGCAAGUGACAUAAGUGAAGAGAAAAUAUCCUUGACUAGUGAAUUGGUUAAUUCAGAUUGUUCAGGGCAUGAAAAAAAUGUAGGUAUAGACUCCAAGCAAAAAUCGAAAAGAAAAUCAACUCUGGCACCAUCUGACAGACAACUUAGAAGUCAGCUUUUCCAAAAGUCUCCAACUCUCAUUCCUCAAAUGCAUGCAAUAAACAACAAAAGCACUAAAGAAGUAAAAACAUUUGUUUACACUAAAAAUACAAACAUUUUAACAACUGACAGCGUUAACCAGGAUGAUUUAAAUGUUUGUAAGACACUUGACAAGAAAAACUCAAAUUUUGAACAAAACAAUCUCAUCCAACAUUCAAACGGCAUAAAAACUAAAAGUAAGCAAAUAAUUUCAGAAAGUCAGUUUAUGAAGAAAGAAAUGUCGAAAGCACCUCUUAAAACAAGUUGCCAAAAAAGUAAUUCAUAUUUAGGUUUAAGAACUAAAACUGCCAUAUCUAAUGUCCAACGUAAAGAGAGCGCGAACAAUGACAAUAUUUUGGAAAAAACUUCUACUUCUGAUUGGAAGGAUUUAAAUAAGCACGUUUCAAGAAAAACCUCAAUGACUUCAAAACGUAUACAGUCAAAAUCAGUGACUAAACAUAAACAAUUGGCUUUGCAAAAUUUCAAUUCAGGGCACAUAACUAAAUAUAACAACCCUAAACAAACAAUUAAAGUGGAGGAUAUUAUUGGAAGGAAUGCAGUGGAAUCAGAAGAGCAUUUAAUUGAUUCAGAGUUAAAUAGCCCAGUAUUAGGAAUAGAAAGACCAAAAUUUGUUGAUUGGUGUUCCGAGGAGGACAAUCAAGAGCGGAUUUCCAAUUUUAGUAACAUGUACAUGUCCGUCCACAAAACUUGGAUUCCACUUGAAAAAGAGGCACCAGUCGUGCACAAAUCUAAGAACAAAUCUGACAAACUGAAAGAGAUUUGGAAAACCAAAAAAAGGACUCGUAAAAACAAAAAUGUGCAUGAGACUCCAAAAUACUCGUCUGUACAAACAUUAUUUAUGAAUUCUUUUAAAUUAUCAGAUGUUUGCCGAUGGUUUGUAGAAACAACAGAGACCAAAUCUUUAGUGAUUGUAAAGAAAAUAAAUACUCGCCUACCUGAAGAUCCCUUACCGAUUAUGCCUUUGCAUAAGUAUCCGGCAUCCAGCUUAUACCCUCAUGUGCCACAAGCUCAACGUCUGAAAAAAUACCUUAAAAAAUUUGCUUCUGUUAUUCCAGCUCGAAAUAACCGCAUAACACAAAUGGCCCUUGCUAACUUGAAAGAGAACCAAGAAGUGCAUCUUUGGGACAAUCUAAAUGAUAAAAAUAUUGUUCAGGGAACUAAUGCAAGCAGAGUUGGAAAGUCCAAAUCCAAUGUCAAUAAACCUAUGACAGACCAGAAGUCCCAAUUUAAAUCUGGUUUGGUGAAGUCUGAAAAAAAAGAACAUGCUCUCAACAUGGUGCAAUCAAAGAUUACCUGCAGUAAUCAAAGUAUUACUGAAUCCUCUAAAUUAGCUUUCAAGGUAACCACAGAUUCAUCCUCUUCUGAAUCUGCAGCCCCUGAGAAAACCAGUAAAAAACGUCCCACAGACCUUACUGGGAAAUCGGGCACACAAGUAAAGAAAAAGAAAAUAAUGGAGACAUCCACAUAUAAAAAAAAAACAUUUGACAGUAAAACCAAUCUUCCAACAAAGAACAUAAACAAAGUUAAUAAAAAAGACUCAAAAUCUCUACACCUAAAGAAGCAUCUGACAAAAAGGGAAACAUUUAAUGCUUCCAAAGACGUAGCUUUGGAAAAUCUGCGUACCAGAAGACAAAAUUGUCAUACUAAAACUCAAGCAGUUAAUAAACAUAAAAUGAAAACUCGACAAAGUAAAUCAGAAAACCAAAAACAGUUGUCUCCAAAAUUGGCUAAACCCAAGAUUAAGAAAGCAUUAAGAUCACAGAGAAUUGAACCUUGUAAAAAUACAAUACAUGUACUUAACAGAGGCAAGAAGGGUGUUAAAUACCAACAGAAAAAGAGAAAACAAAGAUCAUAAACUCGACUACAUACAUUAGGAGAUGAUCACUUGAAGUUAAAUAAGUAAUGAACAUUCAUUAUAUAUGUGCUGUUGUACAGGCAUCCUUUGCAUUACUUGGCUGUUUCAUAAGCUGUAGCACGCCUUUGGAAAACCUGCGGUUAAAUUUAAGAUGGAGACUUUUUAAAGCUAGGUUAUGGCGUGAGGUUGAUUUAAAAGAAGAAAAAAAUGGUGCAGAUAAGUUAUUGAUUUACAGUUUUAAGUGAUGAAUGUCAUUAAAAGUACAGUGCCUUAUUUUAUUUUUUAUUUUUUGUUUGUAUACGAUUUGUUGGAGCUGAGCUGCGUGAUGAGCAUUGCAUUGAAUACUUGACGCACAUGCACUUGGACUGCAGCAGAAAUCAGGCACGCACGUUUACUGCAGUCUUCCUCUGGUUAUUUAUACUCCGAGUAGCACAUAUUUCUUACAUUUUGGCUUCAAUCAUUUUUCCAAAAUUCAGCCUUUUACCAUAAAAUUAUUUCCCUUGCGCUUGGAAAAUCAAUACUAGGGCUUCCUUGCUAUUGCUUAAACUGCUUUACAUAAUUUUGUCAGUUGUUCAGGAUUUUUUUUUUCUUUUUCCCCUUCUAUUGUUUCCCAAUCUGUCUUGUCAGGUCAUUCAACUGUGACCUACAUGCAUAUAGGUCACACAUAUCAUAUUUAUAUAAACCUCACAUUUGCACUCGGCCUUCAUUUAAUUUGCACAAAGAAUCUGGUAACUAAAACACUGUGUCAGCAUUACAUAUAAGAGACUUAAUCCUCAAUGAAAAAUUUUAAAAGCACAUGUUUUAGUCUCCAGUGUUACAUCAGGAAAAAGGGGGAUUUUAAUAUACAUUUUUUGUUAGUGUUUGUAAGCAUUUAUGUAAUUGCUGUAAAAGUAUGUUUUCGAAACCAGGAUCCAUUGCAUUAGAAAUUCUAAAUGUUGUCAUGCUUUUAAAUUAUUAGGCAUUUGUCUUCAACAUGUAUCUACUUAGAUAUUUACAGACUUAAAGGUUACUGCCACAAAAAGGUUUUUGUUUAUGCAUUAAAUGCUGGAUUUCGAAAUAAUUCCAAGUGGUUCAAGAAGAGCAGGUUAUUUGUAAUAUAAACUUGAUUUUACUUCCCUGGCCUGUGUACGGAAUGUAUCUUCAAAGAGAUGUUGCUGAUUAAAGAGACAUGCAAGGCUAGACUUGACUCCCUUCUAAUAUACAUAAUUACGAUGUAAACAAAAAAAUCCCUUUAAAGUUACUACAUAUGCUGAAAAAAUGCCAGAAUCUUGCCCAGUAUAGCUUCAUUUAAAAAAAAAAAAAAAAAUGUUUUUUGAAUGAGUGAGCUUGUGCAAUUACUAAGGUAUGUACAGUUUUACACAAUGACUUCAUAGAACACAGCUUUACUAUUAUAUAAAACAGGGAAAAGCGGCUAACAUACAUGAAAACCUGUCAAUGCACUAAUUGUUGAUGUCUGGCAUGUCGCUUCAAAUCAGUUUAUUUUAGUUUACAGCAUAAUUGCCAGAAUACAAUUUGGUAAGACUGGGUUAGAGUGGUAAUAUCCCUUUAAGGUUUGGAGUUGAGAGCGAAUGUGUUAUGCAUUCUGCAAUAAUGUGAUUCUUGCUGGACUUCUUUGCACUGAAUGGGUUUAAUAAACUCUGGUUUUGUGAAAGAAAAUAUACUCUUUGUAUGUUAAGUACUGUAUUAUUUUAACUUCCUAAAUAUGUUAAGGUGCAAAUAAAAAGUUACAUUCCAACUUAGAAAUAAUUUAAUUACAGGGCAUUGUAAUUUUAAGCAUAAAGAAAUGUAAUAAAGUCAAAUUCUGUCGUAGAUCACAAACAUCCUGUUAAAAUCCCUAAUUCUUAACAUCUCAGGAUUCCUCGUUCUAGAACAGUUUAUUGUAUGGAUGAUGCAAAUAUUGUGUACAGUCUAAAGAAGUUCAUGCUUCACUGUCUGUUGGUUUACAGAUGUUCCCAAUCCUUUUCUAUUUUACAAACACGAUGUAGUCUUUCACAAGAUAAACUGAACUAAUUUUAUUAAAAGGAAUCAAUCAUGAAAAAAAAAAAAAAAAGGUUCAGUUUGUGUAUACCAGUAUAAUGGUAUACACGUGAGAGAGGCUUUUUAAUAUGUAAGUAAACUAGAAAAAAAAAAUGGUAUACACGUGAGAGAGGCUUUUAAAUAUGUAAGUAAACUAGAAAUACCGUCUUUGGGGACUCACUUUAGUCUUUGGGUAACACAAAGUCUGCAUACAAUAGAGCUAACUUACUGUUAAAGCCAGUUACUUUGUGUGAGUGUUGUGGGUUUUUUGUGUUUUUGUUUUAUUUAUUUAUUUUUUAUGUUUUAAGAAGAUCAAAUCAAAAUAGUCCAGGCAGCCUGCAGAUUGUGUUUCCCCAUAAAUUAAGUUUAUUAAAUCUUUCAUUGUAAACGUUACAAAAGUUGAGAUUUAAUCACAUUCUUAACUUGAAUUUUGUAGGGGAAAAAAACCCUUUAGACAAGCUGAUACAAUUUUCUGUACCAAUACAAACAAUAUUAUUCUAAACAUUUUGGGAUGCUAUAAUUAUACAGAUUACAUGAAUGUUUGGAUUCUUUUUAAUGAAAAACAGAUGAUUUACAAUGAGGUUUUUAAUAAGAUUUUUACAUUUAGGGUGGAGGUUUUUAACAAAAGAUUUAGAAAUUUAGGAUGUUUUCACAUCUCCAAGGAACUUUAGAGAUCUAUACUGUAUAGAUCUCUAAAGUUCCUUGGAGACCCCUCCUACACAGCCCAUCCACUGGACCACCAGGUAAUGAGAGCCCCCUUCCCUGGCCAUGUAUCAAGCAGGGAGGGGGGAUGGAAAAAAAAAACAUAAAAAUUUAAAUAAUAUAUAAAAAAAAAUAUUAAAAUAAUAUUAAAAAAUAAUAAAAAUGCCCACCCCCCACCAAGGCUCUGCAUCACAUACACUGCACACACACACACACGCUGCACUCAUACACACACACACACACACUGUAAAUAAAUAUUCAAUUAAUAUAAUUUUUGGGGGAUCUAAUUUUAUUUGGAAAUUUACCAGGAGCUGCUGCAUUUCCCACCCUAGUCUUAUACGUUAGUCAAGUUUUUGUAGGCAUGCAUCCUGCUUGCACUUUUAAGUUAUUGGCCAGAGUAUGAUAAAACAAGAUGGCAAAUUCCAGUAACCUUAAUUGCAAUGGUUUAAUAUCAGAAUAUGAAUAGUGUGUGGAUAAAAAAUUUUUUUUUAAAAAUUCAGGAUAUCCUAAAUAUUUGAUAAAUUCUUAAUUUUUUUCUCUUCAAAACUUAUGUCAGGAUGAAGGAAAAUUAAAACAAUCUAAAAUGUUAUAAAUAUAUUAUAGGAAAGACCUGUAUUCCAGCAAUAUAUUUUUAGUUUUCAGCAUUAAAAUCUGCGUAUCUGUCAGUGUUAACAGGAGAAUAAAUGUGUAGUUGCAACACUUGGCUAGCAUGUUGCCAAACAAUGUAAAUUACAACUGGAGUAAGGUUCAACAAAUGUUGAUUAUUUACUGAACUAAAAGUAAUCAGGAAUCCGAGGAUAAUUGCAAAUUCUAUUUAAAGUAGCUAGUUGAGAGUACUCAACAAAUCAGCUUUUUUAAAGGGACACUAUAGACACCAAAACAACUUCAGCUUGAUGAAGUAGUUUUGAUGUAUAGAGUAUGCCCCUCAGUACCCCGUUCUCUGCCAUUUCGGAGUUUCGUCACUUUAUUUAAACAGCUCUAGUCACACCUCCUUGUAUGUAAUGUGCACAGCCUUCCUAGACACUUUCUAUAAAAAAAACAAGAUAUUUUAGUUCCCUGUACUGCACAUUCAGUUUAAUUUAGAAUUCAGUUUAAUUUAGAAUUUCGUAUUUCCUGCUCUGUUAGACCCAGCAGGAGCUUUAAUGCAGUCUGUGUGAGUCACAGCAAGGAGAGGUGUGGCUAGGGCUGCAUUAACAAAGACAGAAGUGAUUUAACUUCUAAAUAAGAAUUGAUCAGUGAGUCUGCCUGGCAUGAUCUUUACAUCAAAACUGCUUCAUUAAGCUAAAGUUGUUUUGAUGCCUAUAGUGUCCCUUAAAGUUUGGUUUCUUUUUCCUGAAGCGUAAAAUCUUCUUGUCAGUUUCUAAUUAAUAAUCACUCUUCAUCACUCUUUUCCAAGGCACGUUUCAGUACAGUUUACAUGUUCCCUGUCUAUUCUCACGCUAGUUACUCGAUUGUGGAAAAUACAACGGUUUUAAUAAUUUUAAAACAUGACUUUACAUUUUACGAUAAACUUCAGGUUGCUGAGAUUUUUGUCCCAUUUUCUUAGAUGCAGUAGAAGGAGUAACUUUUUUCUUUAAAUUGUGAAACACAUUUUUUUAACUAGUGCAAGUUUUAUCUGUGUGUAUAUCAUUUUGAAUAUUUAAUUACUAAGCAGAUGUUUGUGGUAAAACGGUAACUGGGCUUUGUCAUUAGAGCAAUAAGAUGUUCAUAACCUAAGAUUUUGAGAGGCUCUUGUUUGGACUAAAUAUUCCAAAAUCACAGUCUGGACCCAUAAUGGAUUUCCUGUGAAAGCAUAGCUGAAAGUUUCAUAGUGUAAAAUAUCAGGCUGUGAAAUAAGAGAUCUACAGUGGCAAAUGUCAAGAUCUUACAACAUAUUCAUUUAAUUUGCCUUCUUUUCAGUAGUAAAGUAUUCUUACGCUGUCUAAAGCACCAUCUCUUUGAAAUUAUUUAGGGAAUUAGAACUCCUUUGCUACCCAAUAUGUUUGUAAUGCAGUGUCAUUUUUGUGGGUAUUAUGAAUUCAUUUGAGAACUGUGUACAUAUACUGUGAAAACACAUGUAAGGUUUUUUUGAUUUCUGAUGAUUGUUAAUAUUUAAAAUAUAUUGUAGUAGAAAAAGUGAGAAAACAUGCUUUUGUCUAUUUAUAUAUAAACUGUGAUUUAUUUGUACUUGUCUUUUUUUCUCCUAUAAAAAUUUUUUAGAUCUUUUAU